AUGGACAGCUCACCCUUCUCAUCUUUCUGGAAGAGGUGCUUUGGUUCUUAUGGAAUUGUUAAAAUGACUGUUGAUAAUAGUAUUAAUUAAUCUCCAAAUAAGAAACAGAAUAUAUUUUAUAUUUAAAAAGCAAGUCAUGGUCAAGUGAGAAUGGUCCAUGAUAAGUAAUUAAGAAUCUAAAGAGGUAAAGAAGUAAAAGCUAUACUUGUUUUAAAGAAUGAAUGGUUUGUUUUCAUAAACAAAUUAAAAUAUUGGCUUAUAAUACUACUGUUUGGGGUUAAUGGUUUAUCUAAAGUUUGAGAAACUAUCAUUCAAAGUCACAAAAGUACUUUUAAGUUUUGUUCAUCACCUAAUGGUAAAUAAAUUUUGAAUUAAGGAAUGUGUAAGCACAUUUCCUCAGAGAAAUUUCAGUCAAGUCAAGCUCCCUGGAUGUUCUACUUUUAUUUACCACUAUCCCAACCACCAACAAAACCUAAUUACUUGUGACUAUUGAAAAACAACAACAUGAAGUCAUUAUCCUCACCAGUUUUUUACUAAGAAGAAAACGGCUCCUGCCUUCCAUCGUUUUGACCAAUGAGAGCAAAGGCCCUGGAAUAACAGGUAAGCACCAGGCAUUUAUUUUUAAGCUUUAUUUGAUAAAUGUACUUUUAUUAAGAUUUAGUACAAUUAAAUAACUGCAAAACAGAUUAGGUUAUCUAGGGUAUCAAAGUCUUCUACACUGAUUUACCUACUGUAUGUCCCAUGUAUCCUUAAGCCUUCUCAACAUAACAUUUUUUGCUAAGAAGUGGGAUAGAUUUUUCCCACUUUGACAAUGCAUACUGCUAGGUUAAUUGAGAGUCCUAAUCCAUGACAGUGAUUGUGAAUUUGGAAUCAGGGUGAUGGUGUUGUUAUUACAGAUUAAUAAUUAGUGUGAAGUGUAUGUAUGUUGGCUGAUUACUGAAAGAUAACAUCUAGGUUACUUUUUUUUUAUUUAACAGGAUUUGUAUAGUGCUUAAUCAUCUAAGGUUAUUAUGAUCAGAGGCAGUGUUUGUUUUCAAUCCAUCAUAUUUUAAUUCUGCCCAUGAGUUCAGCAGCAUGCAUGAUGUGACCUCAAGUCAGUAAACUUUAUUACUGAGCCAGGAUUUCAAUAUUUUAAGAUAUAAGAAGUCAUAAAGCAAGGGGUCUGCUGGCACUGCUGCUCUUUUUGUCCAUAAUUUAUGUCAGUGAUGUGUUAAGGGAAUAUUAUUUUUCACCAAGCUGGGGAUCCCAUCCUGUGUUGAAAAUACUCCUUAUUGACAACUUGGUGCAAUUAUUUCAGCCCCAAUUAGGUGUGCCUAGUUUUGUAUCAUACACAGCUGUUAAAUCCUGAAUUUCACUCAAGAUGUAAUCGACAACCAUUUCACGUGGGGGUUCUUUUCCUGCCCCCCAUGUGUGUCAGCAUGAGCAUAAGCACUUAAGUGUGCCCCAUUCCGCCCUGCCUCCAUUCUGCCCCCCUCCCAGUCCUGUUCUGCCCUUUUAGUUACGUGUUUAGUGACACCUUCGGUCACCUCUGGGUUCACCGCUGUGCACAUGCAUACAAUCAUGCAUCAUUCAGACAUGUGUUAAUCGGUCAUUGCCUGUAUAUCUAAGGCAGGAGUGAGUACCAAAAGUGACCAUCCAAGUUUCUCUGUUUGGCCCUUGAAACUUUCCCAAGGCCACACACCUUUACUAACUGUGCCCUAUACCCUCACUGAGUGUGUCUGCCUGGCUUGAAUGUGUCCGAAACUGUGAUAAUGCCUUUUGCGUGCCUGGAUGGAGGUUGGAGAGUUGUGGGUGGGGAUAUGUAAAAAAUCUGGCUUUUGUGUGGCUGGAAUAAAGUGUGUUGUACAAAGGUAAAAGUCACAUCCGUUGCUUGGUCACUUUUGCUAGAAGGCUGCCCAUAUGAGACUGCAGCCCUUGGUCUGAAAAUGAUACCUCGCCAAAGGGCUAGCCAAUUCUAAAGCUGCCGACAGCAGAAAUGAAUUGACUGCGUAGGAUCAGACUAUAGUUUUCAUCGCCAACAAGGUAGGGAGCUAGAAAAGAGAUCAUAUGUAAUGGUUGUAUAGAUGAGGGAAUUUCAGCAAGUAUAACUUGACAGGAAAUGCCUAUGGGCACUUUGAUACUAUGCAUUACAUAUAUAGUUUUUACAUCUUCUGUCUUGAAAAGCUCAGUUAUAUUUUAUAUCAUAAAAUAUUAUCUUUAAGAAACCUGUACUGUAUAUUCUGUCCCACUGAACAACUUGUACUCAAAUAAUUUUAAAGUUGGAAGACACCCCAAAAGUCAUCUAGUUCAACCUCCUGCAAUAUAGGAAUCUUGCCCAAUGCCAUCCCUGGAUGGGUUCGAACCACCAACCUUCUGAUUAGCAGCCAGGUGCACUGAUCACAGGUGAAAUGUUACAGCCUACAUGAGAAUACAUUGAAUAAAUUAUGUAAUAUACAUUAUUUUGCUCAUAUCGAAUGCUCAUAUAAGUAACACAGCUUCUAAGCACAGCUAGGAAGGCAAUAGAAUUACCUUUUCUUUUAAAAAAAAUUAAGCCAGUUCUUUAAUUUUCAGUGAUUAGGCAAUGGUGGGCAUUCUAUUUCAUCCUAUGCUUUGCUUCCUUCUUAGCAUUUCAAACCCUUCCAAACAAGAAACAAGAUUUAGCCCAACAAGAAAAUGUAAACAUUACAUAGAAACUAUUUGUGAUCAUUCAGAACAGCAGUAAUUAAUGAUAAUGCAAUCAUUCUGGCAUGGGCAAAUAAAAUAAACAUUUGUGUGGCAGAAAAUCAUUGUCUCUAUUUGUACUCAAAUGAAUACAACCAAACUUCAUUAUUAGUUUGGAAUUCAACUAUUUCCCUUUGAAAUUCUUCUGUUGGAAAGACUUCCACUGUUCUAUCUUUGGAUCAGUAUUGUCUAUGUUGGCUGCUUCUCUCAUGCUGUUCUUUGUUCAACCUACAGAUUUGUAAAUGGAUUUUAACAAAAAUACCAUAAACUACAGGGUGCUGUUCUCCAAAGUCUGCAAAGGCUGCUUAUUAUGCCACUACUCUGGGAUGUGGAGCAGCACAAUAACAUUAAAUAACUGCUUGUGGAAUGUGUAACUUCCAGAGGACUCCUAUCAAUCUUUUUCUUUUUUUGCACUUUGUGCAACAGGAAUGUUCUAAUGUCUACUAUAGCUACAAUGCUAUUUAGGCAUAAUUACUUUAGAGGAAGUCCCAUUGAACUCAGCAGAUGAGGCUGCAUGUCUGGUUUAAAGAGAAUGACAGGGGGACAAAGAAAUGCCUAGGUUCAUGGACUUAACACAAAUCCAGAAAGAUGUCAUUGAAUAUCAGUUCCACAUUAAAAACCAUUUUUGAAACUCCCAUCUAGUUCAAAAGCUGCACAAGGUCUGGUGAUUUAAAAAAGCAGGGGAAGUAUGAAAAGUACCAAGGCUCAUUAAAUGAAAUUCACAGGUUUUGGAGCCUGACAAUUGUUUGGUAUUUCCAUAACUCAUAAAACAGACAAAAGACCUGCAAGGUGCAAGGAAUGACAAAAGAGGACAAAAUGAGCAGCAGGUAUAAAAAUGAGCAGCAUAGGAAGUUAAUAAGAUGUUGAAAAAAGGAAGGAACUUGGUUAUGUGUAAUAUUUUUAUUUAUUUUUUUAAAGGAGGAAUUUUAACAGUUGGCAUUUCAGGAGAUGAUUGUUUUGGAUUAAUAGGCAGAAUAAUUGUUGCAGUAUACAUGGCUAAGUAAUAAUAUCAUUAUAAUAUGGUAAUAUUUUUUCAGAUUUUCUGAUCCAAAUACAUGGGUUUACUGUAUAUUUAUGAUAACCUUUUAAAACUUUUAUCCUUUAAAAUCCUAUGACAUGAACAUACAAACUUUAGCAACAUUUUAAAUAUAUAAGCUUUUGUUUGUGUUCUUACAUUCCAGCCCAAUAAAAUUCUGCAUUCUUAGCUUUCUCUGAUGCAGUGUUCUAAGCACACAGAUAGACUCUGGAAGCAGCACACUUCCGCCACAUGGAGCUGUUAUGGGGAGAAACAUUCAGUUCCAAGAUCUUAAAUUUCUGUUGGAGCCACGUGUCCACAUGUCUCUAGGCAUACUGCAUGAAUUUAUUUAUUAAGAGUACUUUUAGUCUACCUUUUAUCAUAUGAGGCCAGGGUGGGGUACAAUAUAGUUGAAACAACAAAAAUGUUUCUAUACAGUCAAAAGACCAGAUAAAAACAUAACAAAACUUUAACUCCCAUACAAUUAAAAAAACCACAGCCCUACUCAUUGACUCCUUAAUUGCAGCAGCAUACUGACACUAGUACUGUAUGUAACAGUCGCGCAGGCAAGGUAGGCCUCUACUUAAUGUCAAAAUGAUCAGUGCCAGUCACACUUCCAAGCAGAGGCCAUCCCAUGAUUUAUUGCAUGAAACACUUGUAACAUCCGAGAACCGGGGGGGAGGCGUCUAAGAACCUUUGCAUCUUCAUAAUUUUCUUCCUCUUUUGACAAGAGUCAAAGGCUGUGAGAGACAGCAGCAGCCCAAUGAGGGAAGCAGGUGCUUGGGCCUCCAUUUCUUGGUUGGGAUUAUUUCCCAGGAGCAUAUUUGAGGACUGGGACAAGUAUCUUCUUCUUAUUUAUUUAUUUUAAAAAAUUACCGCCCUUCAGGCCCAUGCAGAGAUUGACUGAGGCCUGGAGCAGGAGUCUUACUAUAAUAAAGUUAUAACAGACACCCGAAGAAUUACAUUUGCUUCGUUAGUAAGUUUAUAACCUCAAUGGAGGAGACUAUGAGGAUUGGUUUUGGCAAGUAUGUUGGAUUGCAUUGUUAUACAUGGAAAAUGCUCUUCACAACUUAUUUACGGUAUAUGGAAAAUAGCUACAGCAUGGUUUUAUUUUGGAGGGGGCAGAAUCAAGUUGUAUUGAAUUACAAGUUGACCAAUUAACUGUUUUAAUUUAUGAAGAACUAAGGUAUAUCUCAUUUCACCACAAGAUGGUGUGUGAUAUCAGCAUUGCUAGGAUAUGGAUAAAAAUAUGUUGCUUAUCCAGCUGGUCUAUGAAAGCUUGUGUACUAAAAAGCGAUAUAUUAACUGUUCUAUAAUGCUCUCUAUCUCAUUGGCCUGCCUAAGUGAAGAGUCAAAUCUCAGUUUCCCUAUCAGGUCAAAAGGAUAUACUGUUAAAGGCUGCAAUCUACAUUUGAAAAGGACCAGUUUUCUCUUGAUAGCAUUCUCCUCUUCUCUUUACACUGUGCAUGUAACUUCUUAUUUGUGAAUUCGUCUCUAAACGAGACAAGAAUCAGUUUGGAUAAUAAACAAUAGACGACAAGCUGUGUGCAAACAUCAAGAGUGCAAACAAGCAACCUUCCAGACCUAGAAUAACUGAUAAGAUUGUGACUAGUGUUGAUCUUAAUCCUCUGUGAUCUUUUAGCCCAACAGCUGAUGUGCCUGAGAAUUAAAUGCAUUACCUUGUUCAUUACAAAAGGAUAGUUAGUUGAAUUGGCUUCUUACAACCACCUGUAAUGCCCGUUACUUCUUUUAUGUAGUUUUGAAAUGCAAAACCUACCCAAAGGAACUACUUUUUCAAACCAGAUUUUAUUUGUAUGUGACUGACAAUAAAUUUGCUAUCCCAGUAUGAUGAAGAGUGCCAUAGCAAAGUUUAUGCAAAAUUAGUACUUAGUAAAUAUAUAGUGUUAUCCAUUAGUGCUCAAAGCCUUUCAUUUUACAAAGAUUAUAAUGCAAACCCAUCCAGUUUUGGAUAUGUCAUUGUUAGUGUCCUAAUACUAUUAUGUAAAAAGUGAAUUUUGGGUGUUACAAGGAGGAGUAUUAAAGGCUUACCACAGGCCAGGAGGAAGCCAAGCUGAAGUCAGGCAAUAUUCUGUAUGUGUCUAAAUUACAUAAAUUAAUACAAAUUUAUUUGUUUAAUUGUGAAAUAAUUUUUACUAGGUUUUUUUUAAUGUAUAUCUAUCUGUCCAUCUCCUUUGAGAAUUGGGCAAUGUAUACUUUUACUGUAACUUUGAAUCAAACUAGACCUUUGGCUAUUUUUGUUGCUAAAAACAAAACAAAAAUAAGAUGCUUCUUUUAGUCUUGCUUUAAAGCUUAAUAACAGACUUCCAUUAUGUAAAUUCUCAUAAUGUGAAUUCUAAUCUCCUACUUACAUUGAUGAAAAAUGAUGCAAUUAGGACUUAAUUAAGAACUUGUGCUUAUUUUUAUAUUGUUUUUAAUAGUGUGUUAGAGUGUUUUUUUAAAGAGCAAAAAAGUAAAACAAUUAACAACAGCUUAAGAAAACCAACCUUAAGGGAGAAAAGACAUCUAUAGUUGAUUUAAGCAAAGUCAAUCAGCUAAACCUCAAGCCAAAGACAGGUAAAAUAAUUCAGUGCAAAGUGUUAAGUACAACAAAGAAUCCGGUGGCACCUUAAACUAACAAAAGCUUUAUGGCAUAAGCUUUUCUUGACCAUACUGCAGUUUAUCUAAUUCCUGGUUAUCUUGGGUUGUAGGUGUAAGCCACCUUUCACUGUACAGUAAUUGAGAGUACAUUGAGUGAAAUAAUGACAUUAUCCUUAUUGCGAUGAGAGAAAUGAAUAUAAUAUAGUUCUGCUGCGGUGAGGCUAGAGGGCCUGCGCCCUUGGCAAGGCCUUUACCAUCUGGCCUAGGGGGCAGGGCCUGGACUCACUGGAACAAACCUUGGGGCAUUGCUGGGGGGGUGGUUCUGCUAUUGUUUCCCUUCUUCAACUGUCUAAUGUAUUUUAAAAGGUGGUCCAGUAGCUUUAAUCUAUGGGGUUUAAAAUUCGGGGUGUUUUGUUUGUUUUGGGGUGGUUUUAAAGUUUAAAUGGGGUUGUGUGUUAGUUUAAUUUGUGUGCCAUUGUAAAUUAUGCUUCUUUUAUUAUUUUCUAGUAGGUUUAUGGGUUUGUUUUGUUGUUUUUAUAAGAAAACUUGUUUUGGGAUAGGUUUUGGGCUGCCCCCAGAGUGGGCCCUAACCAAUAGGAUGGCUGGGACAGGUUCUACAGAGGGUGGGAUAUAUUGGGACACCCAAUCUCAGUUAUCAUGGUCAGGAGGAGGAGUUACGCUACAAUCAGACCACGUCAUUACCGAGGAGACAGGUUUAGUUGUUGUUUGAAAACUAUCCCUUCCUCCGGGUCUGGUCCUUACCAGAAGGAUACUGGAAUCAAAAAGGGUGACCCACAUGAUCUUAAGAUGCUGCUGCGCAAUGCCAGGUCAAUGAUCCACAAGACCACUGCCAUCCAUGACUUGAUCGUGGAUGGAGGAAUUGACCUGGCAUGUGUAACAGAAACUUGGUUGGACAUGGCAGAUGGGCUUGUUCUUGACACUGCUUGUCCACCAGAUUUCUCUUACAUACAGCAACCCAGGUCAUGUGGGCGGAGGGGGUGGUUGCAGUGAUUUUAGGAAGUCAUUAGCUUGCACCAGGUGUCCUAUUGGGAAGACCCAGUUUUCUGAGUGCAUGUUCUGGAAGUUGGGCAAUAGGGGCAAUACAGGAUUCCUAAAGGAGUACCAACAUCUCCACUCCACCAAGGAUUCCUUGUCUGAGCUGCUUCAGGUUGUGGCGGAUGUUCUCCUGAAGACACCUAGUUUGGUUGUCCUAGGGAUUUUAACAUCCAUGCCAGCACAACCUUACAAGAGGCUGCUCGGGACUUCGUGGACAGCAUGACCUCCAUGGGGCUGUCCCUGAAUCAGUUUGGCCCAACCCAUAGCUGGGGACAUGCCUUAGACCUGGUGUUCACCUCUGUGGACGUGGGUGAUCUGACACUAAUUAAAUGUGAAACAAAAGAAGUGCCAUGGUCGGAUCACUUCCUGGUGCAACUAGACUUCUCCAUGACCGUUCCCCUCUGCAGGGAGUUGGGACUGAUUAAUUGUUAUUUAGUCGUGUCUGACCCUUUGUGACCCCAUGGACCAGAGCACGCCAGGCACUCCUGUCUUCCACUGCCGCCUGCAGUUUGGGGACAUGGACUGAUUAAUAGACAGUCACAAAGUUUCUGUGUUGCUGUUGUUGACUUCUCUUUUCUCCAAGCAGCCUCUAAUAUUUUGUUCCUUUUAUGGACAGGGCUCUUCCUUUGGCAUUUGAACUGAAAAUUGUUGUCCUUCUAACUGCAUAAAUGGCAAUCUUGGAUCCUCCUUUUCUCCUAUGCCCUGCUAAGUUACCAAUAGUAAUUUGUACAGCAGAUGGCAGUAAUUCUUUUCUCUCUCUCUCCAAUGUAAAGUGUUUAAGGGCAAAAGAUGAAUAAACAAUAAACUGCAUGCCAAACCUUUGUGAAAAAAUGAGAGUGAAAAAAGGGAAUUCAUUGUUGCUGACGAACACAUUGAAGUCCACACUCAUUGAAUUGGCUAUGUGAUUCAGGGAUAGCCAACAAAUCUUUUAUAAUCUUUAAACUAUGCAUUAUCAAUACAUGCAUGAUUUGAUCUCUGCCCAAAUUAAUAGCGUGUUCAAGAACUUUUGUUUUCAGUGACCUGGUUGAUCUUGAAGCUAGAACUCCACCAUUAAUAAUAAUAAAAACUGUCUCUCUUGUAGGAUAAUUAAAGGCAGAUGCAUUUAAUUAUAGUGGAUGGUGCAAUAAUGAAUACAGAAUAAUUAUUUCCUAGUCAACUUGAAUUUAAAUAUACACAUUUUUAACUACUAUGUGGUUUUACUCAAAGAAUGGUUAUAAGGCACUGAUGUAUGUGUGGGGAGUUCCCAGUUGCCUUUUUCUUGAAACAUAUGAGAAGUUAUUCAUUCUUCUUGCAUUAUUAUUCUAGCAUGGCAAUGGUGCCCCAUCUUUCCAUUGGAAGAUAAUUUUUCAAUUUCAUUUUAAACUAAACGAAAUUUAGUUUAGUCGUCCUCUUUAUGUCUUGCCACCAAACAUAACUGCUAAAUGCCUUGUGUCCAUUGUCACUGGUUUAUUUCCACUUAAUUUCAGCAGCAGUGAAGCAAAUGUAGCAAGAGAUCUUCAAAGCAUUCUAUAACACCUGGUGGCCCAGAAUGCAUUUCUGGAGCAAUGCAAGGAGGACACCCACAUACUGUAGUUCCUCCUACACUGCUAAACCUCAGAAGGGGCCUCGACUUUCAUUGGAAGAGCAGGGGUGCUUCCAGAUUACCUUUUGGAGCAUUCCAUUCUGAUUUGUUGCAGUAGAUCAGACAACAUUGGCUGUUUACUGAGCGUUAAUAUUGAUUCAUUUGCUGUGAAGGUAGGCUAUGUUGCAUAACUGCAAGCAUUAACCUAAAAUUUCCAGUGUAUUUUCUUCUCACUUGCCUUACUGCAAAAAGUCUGAUCUUUUUGGGAAGCAGGUUUGUUGCACAAGAUCUCCCAGUAAGUUUUAAUUACACAACCUGAACUUACUGGUGUGUGCCCUGGUUGAAGCCUCCAGAGGGGUGCCAUUGAGGCUCCCAGCCUCUGUGUGUAUACAAGUGUGAAGGGUAUGUGUGCCAAACUGGCUUUUUGACCCAGGUGAAACAAAGCCUAGUUUUGCCCCUGCAGCCUGGAAGCCCUCUAAGCUUUUAUUUUGGCAGAGGAAACUUCCAAAAUAAUAGUUUUCAUCAGCAGGCUUCACCCCUAUCCAUAUCACUCUUCACUGGGUAACAGGCUGCAAUCCUAGGCACACUUAGCUUGAAGGAAUCUCCAUCAAAACAUAGUGCAGGUUACUUCUGAAUUAACAUGCCUGGGCUUUGGACAUACCUGGAAGUGCCACAAACAUCCUCUUUCCAUGCAUCCUCUUUCCAUGCUUAUGAGUACUGUAUGGAGUACUGCUUUUAUAUCUGUCCUCUAGAGAGAUGUCCAAACUCUACUACAUCUAACUCAUGCAUGUCCCACAGAAGAGAUGUGAAAGUCGCUGUUCCCAAUGUUGGGAAAGCACAUGGUUCCCACGCAAAAUGUUUCCAGGUUUCCAGGGCAUGGGAAAGACUCCUGCCUGAAACCCUGGGAAUGUCGCUGCUAGUCAGUAUCAACAAUUCUGAGCCAGAUAGUUCAACGAUCUGACUUGGUUUAAGGCAGCUUCCUAUGUUACUAUGUUUCUUGUAAGUGUUAAAAGAGGCAGCACUUGUAGAUGACCAAUUAAGCCACCUGGAUUACUCAGUAGAACCUGCCCCACUUAGUCUGAUAGCUGACCUUUUUGUGUAAUCUUUGAAUUAAGGCAUUUGUCAGGAGACAAACAAAAUAAUACCAUCCAGUAAUGUACAUCUCUCUCUCUCUCUUUCACUCUCUCUCUCUCCUCUGGAUUAACUAUAAGUGUCUGUCUUAAUGUGAAAUAUUAAAUAGAGCAUUCAGUAGUCAGUGCCUUGUAGCCAUCUAGGAAACAUUUCUUUAUUUAAUUCAUAGAGUCAUGAUAUAUAUUACAAUAAACUGAUGCAGCAGUGUUCAGCGGGGGCGGGGGGGGAGAAAAAAGAAAACGCUUUCUAUGUUGUUUUUCAAAAUAUGCCAUGUAUGUUAAAUACUGACAUCUCCAGGAAAAAUACUUCAAAACACACUUUCAAUAAUUCCUUGAGGUUUAAUAAUCAUUUGAUUUUGAAGUGUAGCUAUGUAUCAGCAUUAACAAUAAACAUACACUUGUGCUUUUUUAGAUCAAAGAGAGCUUGUAAGACAUGAGAAUUGGAGGCACUUGCUGUCAUCCUAAUUUCAGGUAUGUUUAUGCUCACUUUUAAGUUAGUAGUUGUUAGAAGACAGUAGAAGCACAGCAAAAUGUACACACAAGUCCCGUAUCUGAACCAAGACCCAGACAUAACCAGUUUCUCAAGAAGAUAGUAUUCUAACUUUAGAAAGAAUUGGUAGGAUCCUAGACUCUGUGUUGUUGGCAUCUGUCUUGGAAGGUAAUAGAUUGCAUUUCUGGGGGUGAAGUGAAAUCAAUGGAGAAUCACAGCGCCUGCUGUGGCUGCAGGGACCAGUAACUCAUAACUUCUGCCUCCAGCAUUGUUUUUGCUGCAUUACUAGCACCGAACUGACCUCUCCAGGGCACAAGCCUGGGUAGUGUGUAUGGAGCUUCUGGGCUGCCCAAACACCAAGAUCCCCCUCUCAGCCUCAUUGAUGUCCAAAUGAAAACAGAGCAAUACAUUUGGCACCAGCUUGGCUGCAGGAGUUGCUGGAAGGAGGUAUACAAGAUGCCAUCCAAACACGUUAGGGGCUCUGUUCCAGAUUUGUUUAGGGUUUACUCCUUAGCCUUUUCUUCACCUUGGGGUUUACUUCUUGCAUAUGAGUACAGCUGUAAGGCAGCUGAAGUUUAGGAUCAGGGUUUUCCUUCUUCUAAAUAGGCUACCUUGAUGAGCCCCACCUGUCCCUCAUUUCCCUCUGCAGCAUAUGCGGUAACCACAGGGAUGGACUUUGGCUUCUGCUAACUGCUUUCUUGACUAUUGGACUAACCUAUUGGUCUCGUCUGCUCAAUCUGCUGGAGCCUGUCUUAGCAUGCAGAGGAAGUCCAUAGCUCACCAAGGGCUUGAGAUCCAUUGGCUACCCUCACCUGGUUUAACUGGCCAGUCAAAGCCAUUUCCUGGAGUGUGGCCACUGUCACGUGCUGACAGCUUCUAGGAACCACAGUCAUAGCUGAGUGCAGAGUAGGGACAAAAGGUGUACAAACUACCCCAGAAGAAGCACGAUGUGUCUCCCACCAGAUGUGUGACCCACCAGAGAUACUACCUCUCCCCAACACCCAUACACCUUAGAUCAGGCAUUGGCAAACUUGGCCCUCCAGAUGUUUUGGGACACAACUCCCAUCAUCCCUGACCACUGGUCCUGUUAGCUAGGGAUGACGGGAGUUGUAGCCCCAAAACAUCUGGAGGGCUGAGUUCGCCUAUGCCCGCCUUAGAUUAUAGACCACUUAAUUAUAUAAUGUGUGAUACAGGAGUAACUUUGAUACUAUAAUGUUCAAAUUUCUGGGAAUGGAGUAUGCCCAGUUUUAGAGUACUAUUUUUUGAAUAAUUCAAACAUACACUAAUAAACAACUUAAAUUUUUCAUAGUGCAUUUAUGAGCUCAUACUUGCAUUGUCAGCUUGAAAAAAUGCCUUUUAUAUUUUAACCCACACACAUUAUUUUACAGGGUUGUAAAAUAGAGUGUGUGGGCUAAAAUAUAAAAGGCAUUUUUAUAUAAAAGAUGCAACCCUAUGCCAACUUAUUAUAUGAAACACAUGUCCUUUCCAUGUGGGCUGCUUGUUCUGUGUCUUCUUAUAGCAUUAAACUGAUGGUAUGUUCAGAAGGCAACCAAACUGUUAGAAUUGUUGGGAGCAUUUGUGUUUCCUAGUGCACGUAUACAACCUUGACAACUAUUGUCUGAAGCAGAGAAAGGUGUGCACAGGAAAGAUGUAAUUUGGCAUGGUUGACAGAUGUAUUGUUUGAUAUCCAUUACGAAACUGUAUGUAAAGUGCUCAGUAAUUAAGACCUUUAUCUCUGUCACUGAAAACUGAGUAGAAAUAUUUAUUGUCAUUACUUUUUAAGAACAGCUUUGCAUAAACAACGACCACUGCUUAAAAUACAGGAGGUCCUCAGGAUCAUUCCACUAGCUAGGAUGAACACAGCUUAUAACACCGCAUUGGGCAUCCUAAAAUGCAGUUUUGACAGAGAACUUGCAACCAGGUAGCAGGCAUCUUCCCAUGACUAGCAGAAAUAGCUGAAGUAGGCUAAUGCACUUAAUUUGCCUGAUUUACACAGGUUACAGAAUCCAGCUUUUUGUGAUGCAGAAUUUAGGUUACCUUCAUUCAGUAUGUGUGUAUGUGCACAUAUCCAGAUUUUACAAGUGUCCUAUUAACCUAAAAUCCUAUGCAUGUUUAGGCUGAAAUUUAGGCUUUCAUCAUCUUUUACCCUCUGCAAGUGUGUGGAACCUACUAGGGUGGCCCACUCUUGAAGGCUGAUGAAUCCAGUUUACUUCAAGGCAGCUCUGGGUGAUUUUCUAGCUGAUAUGGAUGACACUCUGUUAAAGUUCUGGUUGAUUUGUGGGAAAUGUAAAUGUAAAUGGGCCAAGUCGUUGACAAUUGCCAAUGAGCCAGUGUGGUGUAGUGGUUAAGAGCGGUAGUCUCGUAAUCUGGGGAACCGGGUUUGCGUCUCCGCUCCUCCACAUGCAGCUGCUGGGUGACCUUGGGCCAGUCACACUUCUUUGAAGUCUCUCAGCCCCACUCACCUCACAGAGUGUUUGUUGUGGGGAGGAAGGGAAAGGAGAAUGUUAGCCGCUUUGAGACUCCUUAAAGGGAGUGAAAGGCGGGAUAUCAAAUCCAAACUCCUCUUCUUCUUCUUCUUCUUCUUCUUCUUCUUCUUCUUCUUCAAUGAGUGCCCUCCUCUGUUUUGUAGAGCCUGCUUGGUUUCUUGAUAUACAUCAGAGCUUAGGACAGUGAAAACUCCAAAUGAAUACAGUUGAACACUAUUGAAUGCUCAUUAUCAAGCCUACUCAGUGGCGGCGAAGUCAGCAAAGAAGGAAUACUUUGCUUCCUCUGUUGCAUCCUCACAGUGCCAUCCAGCUGUGCCAUCUAAUCAACAUAUAGAUUAAAAAGUGCCAAAACAUUUAUCUAGUUCUUCACUACCAUUGUGCUAUCUUCUUAUAUUCAGUGUAAUUUUCUCCCAGUAGCAUAUAAAAAUAUUAAAUGGUGAAGAGCAGAUUUAGGAUAGAACCCUGCAUAGCCCCAAUUCAUAUAUUCUCACUGGUCUAUUCGCACACAAGUCUAUUAAUGCAUUGGAAGCCUUUCUGGUUUUCAAAACAUACAACCAAACACAAAUCUAAGAAAGUACCACUGGCAGUUAUACCCUACCUACUGGUUGAAAUAAGAUUUAUUCUGGGCUGAACACAUGUAUUUGGUGAGAAUUGUUAUUUAAAAUGUUAUUCCAAAAUUUACUCAGAAUAAAUUAUGGAGAUUUACUUUGAAUUAAUCCAUCAACAUACAAUGGGACCUAUGCCUAAGGUGUUGUGCAUAGGAUGGCAACCUUAUAGAUCAAUCCUAACCAUGUCUGCUCAUAAGUUUUACUGAAUUUAAUAGCGCUUACUCUCAGGUAAGUGGGAGUAAGACGGCAGCCUUAGCUCUGAUUGUUGAAGCAUCCUCUGAGCAUGCAAGCAGAGCAAUAGGCAGGUUUGUGCACGUGCAGGUUUAUAAAUUUGCUGACUCUAGUGUCAAGCAGUAACUUAUACAGUGGUACCUCGGGUUAAAACUUAAUUCAUUCUGGAGGUCUGUUCUUAACCUGAAACUGUUCUUAACCUGAGGUACCACUUUAGCUAAUAGGGCCUCCCACUGCUGCUGUGCCACCACCGCACAAUUUCUGUUCUCAUCCUGAUGUAAAGUUCUUAAACUAAGGUACUAUUUCUGAGUUAGCGGAGUCUGUAACCUGAAGUGUCUGUAACCCAUGGUACCACUGUAUGUGCAAGUCUGCCAUGUAUUAGUCACCAUUGUCAAGUCAAAUAAUAUUUUUCUGUAGUUCAUAGUUCACGCAUUGGCUGAAAGAUAGCAAGUGAUAAAUAUGUACUGUAUGUAUGAAAGAGCCUUGUGUCAUAGUGAGCCACAGAACAUAUUCUCCAUUGCAUCUACCAAACACUAAUACCAGGUUAAAACUGAAUCUAUCAUUUUUUCUCAUAAUAGCCCCACCAUCUGUUUGCUUGCAAACUAGUUCUGUUAGUAUUUCUCUUUGUAUUGUUUUGCUACAUACAGCACCACACUUUGCUGAGUGAUUACAAAUAUGAUGAUUGAACAGAAAUAGGAAAAUAUGUGUUUAAUUGAUAUGAAUAUAUAUUAAUAUUACACAACUAUAUCUAUCUAUAAUAAACAUACAGGAUUGCAAGUUAUCCAUAUGUAUAACUGUAUUUAACUUUGUAUUGUUUUUAUACAACAAUACAUUUUUAAAAAUGCUAGGGGCUGCCAGGAUAUGAAUCUAUUUAUUUGCAAGGACAGAGCACUGGAGACUCGUGACAUUUUUAUUUUACUACAGUGGAUUUCUUUUUAUUUACAAACAGACAUUGAGCAUAGGGGAGCAGGCAAGCACCCAGACAGCUUGCAGUGGUCUGUAAAGCAGUAUCAGUUCCCUCAAAAAACAAACACCCCCACCUUUGUGCUCUUCUUCCCCAAACUCUGACUCAUUCAUUCAGAUAGCUGUAAAACUCAGAUUUAUCUCAUUGGCUGCAUCUCUACUUCUCGCCCCAUUGUAUGACAUGAGUCUUACUGAUUUAGUAGCCCUCAUUCAUCAUCAAUGCUCGGUAAAUAAAUGUUUUCUUGCCAUCAAAUUCCCAUUGCAUCUUACGCUGGCUCUUUUUUCCUUUUUGAUGAUUAACUUUUGUUUCCACCAUACCAGUCAGUAUCAAAAGGUUUAUUUUAGAAGCAAAUUUGAAUUUUCCACAGCUGGUGACUUAUUGUUUGCUUUAUAAAGGGCAUGUACUCUUAAUACUUUUCCUUGGGGCCAUAUAUUCCUUUUGUAUGACUGUAAGUUAAGUUUUUUGUUUUAUGAAAAAGACAGUUCAACCAGUUUCCCACUGAUGAGGUGAAUUUCCCGUUGCAUUUGAACUUUAGUUUUGAAAAGCAAUUGAAUGAGACAAAUGUCAUUAGGGUUGGAGUUCAUCCCCAAAGCAGACAUUAAACUGGACAUCAUUGGAAGCGUAUGAAAAAAAUAUUAUGUGGACUCUUACAAAAACAUCCUGCAGUUCCAUCAUUAUAAUCACUGCCAGACAAUACACCUGAGCUACUUGUAAUUAAUCCUUCUGCACAACAAUUUCUAAUUUUUCAAAAAUUGUCUAUAAAUCUGUAGCAAUCUAGUUCUGGUGCAUAGUAUAAACAGGUACCAGGUAAAGUAAGGCUUGUAGGAAUGAAUUCUAUAUUUUAUCUCUGCACUGUGUGAAGAAGUACUUUCUUUUAUCUGUCCCAAAUUUCACAACAUUCAGCUUCAUUGAAUGUCCCCAAGUUCUAAUCUUAUGUAAGAGGGAUAAUAAUAUUUCUCUAGCCACAUUCUCCACAGCAUGCAUAAUUUCAUACACCUCUAUAAUGUCUCCUCUUACAUGCCAUUUAUCUAAAUUAAAAAGGCCGAAAUGUUGUAACCUUUCCUCAUACAGGAGUUGCUCCAUCCACUUAAUCAUUUUGGUGGCCCUUUCCUAAACCUUUGCAAUAUAGUUUUUGAAAUGAAGUGACCAGAACUGUAUACAUGAUUUCAAAAACAGUUGCACCACCACUGUGAUGUUGGCAAUUUUAUUUUCAACCUCUUUCCUAUUGAUCUGUGGUAUGGCAUUUGCCUUUUUCGCAACUGCUGAGUGCUAGGUCAACAUCUUCAUCAAGCUAUGCACUACAACCUCAAGAUCUCAUUUCUGAUCAGUCCCCACCAGUUCAGACCUCAUUAGUAUAUAUGUGUAAUUAAACAGGGUUUUUGCUCUAAUUUGCAUCACUUUGCACUUGCUUACAUUGAAUUGCAUUUGCCAUUUUACUGCUCAGUUCUUCAAAGAUCCUUUGGGAACUCUUCACAAUCCAUUUUGAUUUUAACCAUCAUGAACAAUUUGGUAUCAUCAGCAAACUCAGUUACCUUACUGCUUACUCCUAACUCUAGUUAAUUUAUGAACAAGUUAAAAAGCACAGGUCCCGAUACCAAUCUUUGGGGACUGUCUCCAUUUUCUAUAUCCCUCCAUUGGGAGUACUGUCUAUUAUUCCUUCUGUGUUCUCCCUGUUUCUUAACCAGUUACAGAUCUACAAGAGGUGAUAUGUCUUGAGGCUAUCUUCCUCCCUUAGCUAGGAACAGUGCUGUUUUUCUUUAAAAAUGUUUAGGAGUACUCUCAUUUUCCUACUCAUAUUGAAAUACUGCCCCUCAAUGAGGCCAAACUUAGAUUCACAAAAUGUUUAGGGGUAUGUGUACCCCUGUGCCCCCCCCAAAAAGCACUGGUUAUAAGCAUGAGUUUUAACUCCCAGGUCUUUAACAGUAUUGCCACCAAGGCUUUUUUCUACUCGUACUUUAUAUUAGGCUGCUAAAAUGAAGAAGAAGAAGAGUUUGGAUUUGAUAUCCAGCUUUAUCACUACCCUAAGGAGUCUCAAAGCGGCUAACAGUCUCCUUUCCCUUCCUCCCCCACGUGAGGUGAGUGGGGCUGAGAGACUUCAAAGAAGUGUGACUAGCCCAAGGUCACCCAGCAGCUGCAUAUGGAGGAGCGGAGACGCGAACCCGGUUCACCAGAUUAUGAGUCUACUGCUCUUAACCACUACACCACACUUUCCCUUGCAGGGAUGCACUUUCCCAGGCAUGGAUUUCAGUGUAGAAAGAAACCUGUACUGAUAUUGAAAACAAAUUCUUCAGCUCUGCUCUUGCUCAAGAUUUUAAUUUUAAUCAUGUGCCCUCCCCCCCCCAUGGGCAGUCAUUUCCUUCCCCCUCAGCUCAUGGAGUUUAUAGAGUUUUAGGGUGGUGUUUUCUUUAUAAAGGUGAUCUCACUAAUCCAACAUCUGCCCUACAUAAUUCAAGCUACCAUAUGGAAUUCACCUUGCUGAGAGCACUCUUUCUACCUGGUUAACUAACCCCAGGUGCAUCCAUUUUUCUAGCUGAAAGCUCUGCGAGAUCUGUUUUCUAAUGCUGGGCUCCAGCUCAGCACAGUUUUCUUUCCAAUUCCUGUUUUGGACUGUUCAAAUCAACCAGAGGCCUCUUUCAGUUCCUUACUAGCUGCCCUGAUCUUGGGCCCUGUAACACAGCCAGAGCCAGCAAGCAGCAGACAGGCUUUUUUACUCCAUCAAAAGAAAUUCUCCUUGAAAAACUGCACAAGGAGUCGCCCCCUUUUUUGAGCAGGUGCCCCUCUCAGGGGCUAGCAAGAGAAGAAAUGAAGCAGUUGCUGCUGCUACUAGCAUGAUCUAAAACUCAUUUAACCCCCAGUCUUGCUGCCUUCUCUUAUAUCAGUGCAUUCCCCCACAUGGAGUUUCAGAUUACUGGGUUCCUCAAAAUAGAUUCAUAAGCGGAAAUAGUAACUAAAGAGCUAAACCCCCUCGUUGAAAUGGUUUCUAUUUUAAGCAGAAUGUUAAGAGACUCCUUCCCCAUAAAACAUGCCAGUCUUCAGCUACUGUGAUGAAAACAAAAAACCAUUUCCUGGAAUUUAACUCUUCAGCUCCCCCACAACUGUUACUGGUAUUUAACAUGUAUUACUGAUCCAUUGCCAAUAGCACACUGAGGGCUGCAAGAUAAGGGGCUGAAUUCAUUGGACCAACUCAGCUUGCUGUUCUGUCCUAUGCAACUGGCUCUGAUGACAGAAUAAUUGGUCUCAAGAGGAUCACUUCAGUGUCAGAAUGAUACAGUGGAUGGUGUUGGGUAUCUUUCAGGGCUCUUAACAUUUUAUCCUUUCUGCAGCUGGAUGCAUGAAGGAAAAAGGUCAUGGGAUGGGGAAAAUGAGUAAUUGCCAGGCUGUUUCUGCAGUAAGUUCAAGGUUGUUGUUUUAAUCUGCUUUCAUACCAUCCGUGUUUACAAGUUCACCUGUUGUGUAGAGCAGGGAUGUGUGGGAGAAAAUAGAUCAAUAUCUACUGGUGUAGCCAUGAGUGAUGUGCAGUAGACAGCAAGUGUUUCUGGCUCCUCCUUACUUGAUGGUAGUGACAACAAAAUUUUCCUAUCCAAAUUUGGCAGCUGAAAUGGAGAAAAUUCAUGAGAAGUGGACUUUAAUGUGAAAAUACUCUGUGUUCAAUUCAUUUAUGGUACCAACAACAAAUUCCUAGGCUCAGAGACACUGUAUUCUUUAAUUCUAACUGCAUGUCUUUUGUCCAUGGCUCUAGUAGAUCUUGGCGUUAUAGGAAAAAAAAAAAAAUUGAUCUGAAAAGCUUAAAGUCUUCCCUCUCCUGAAGUACAGUGGUGCCUCGCAAGACGAAAAGAAUCCGUUCUGGGAGUCUCUUCGUCUAGCGGUUUUUUCGUCUUGCGAAGCAAGCCCAUUGACGGGAUUAGCGGAUUAGCGCUAUUAGCGCUAUUAGCGGCUUUUAGCGGCUUUUAGCGGCUUUUAGCAGCUUAUCAGCUUAUCGGAUAAGCAGAUAAGCGGCUUAGCGACUUAGAAAAAGAGGGGAAAGGAAAAAUAACCCAGGAACUCGCAAGACAUUUUCGUCUUGCGAAGCAAGCCCAUAGCAGAUUCGUUUUGCGAGGCACCUCCAAAACGGAAAACUCUUUCGUCUAGCGAGUUUUCCGUCUUGCGAGGCAUUCGUCUUGCGGGGCACCACUGUAAUGCGCAAAUGAUGUCAUCCACCAGAUUUGACAACUGUGUUUUCUUGAUUCCUAAAAGUGAUGCGGGUGGUGCUGUGGUCUAAACCCCUGAGCCUCUUGGGGUUGCCGGUCGGAAGGUCAGUGGUUCAAAUCCGUGUGAUGGGGUGAGCUCCUGUUGCUCUGUCCCAGUUUCUAUCAGCCUAGCAGUUUGAAAGUAUGUCAGUGCAAGUAGAUUAAUAGGUACCGCUGUGGUGGGAAGGUAAAUGACGUUUCUGUGUGCUCUGGUUUCCGUCACGGUGUUCCGUUGCGCCAGAAGUAGUUUAGUCAUGCUGGCCACAAGACCCAGAAAACUGUCUGUGGACAAACGCCCGGCUCUCUUGGCCUAAAAGCGAGAUGAGCAUCACACCCCAAAGUCGCCUUUGACUGGACUUAACUGUCCAGGGGUCCUUUUAUCUUUACUUUUAUCUUUCUUGAUUCAAAAAAAGAAAAAGAAAAAAGUAACAGACCUGUGUAGUUGACAUUAUAUAACAUGCAUGUAAGAAGUAUAAAGUUUUAAUACUUUAAACAUUCAGAUUAGGACAGAUUUUAUGUCACUUUGAGCAACAGGUUGCCUCUGUGUGAAUGUGCUUUCUUACUACAGUACAGUGCCUUAUAGGCAUGAAGUGUGCUCAGAAUAGAGUGCAUUGUGAGUGUGAGUGUGAGCGUGUUAUUAUGUUUAUAGCAUAUUUGUAGCUCUGGAGUUGUUUUGUGAUCUUUUAUGACUUACGACAUCAUUUAUGAGCUCAUUGCUUUGAUCUCCAGCUAAUUUAGAAGGUUUGCCACUGAUCUUUAUGACCUUUAUUUGUGCAGUGAUUCUGAUUCUAUUUGCAAUAAAAGGUAUAGCCAUAAUCCAAAGGAGGCUGCUGAGGUUGUCUCCAGGUCACAUAAGAAAGAGUUUUAGAUACCACCAUUGCAGAUAUGAGUAGAGCAGGACUGUGUCCAUUACCUGAGCAGAACUGAGCAGUAGAGCAUGUCUGUAUCAGUUAACACAGCCUUUGGAUGAGGAUGUUGGGAAAACAAAAAUUAGCAUCAGAGGAAGGAGUCCCUGCUCAAGAGGCUAUCCCAUGCAAUUAAGUGCUUGAUUUGGCCAGGAAGUGUGUCUGAAGUGGCAAUUUAAGUGGACCAUGUUGCUGGGCAUCUGUAAGCUACACUCAACACAGCACUCCUACAUGAGGUAAAGGUAUAGAAGAAGACAUUGCAGGGUUGUUGUUUACUACUCUCUCAGCCCAGCCUACAGUGGUGGGGAUAAACACAAUAGAUAACCCUGCAGGGUUGUUGUAAACCCAACUUCUCUCAACUUCAGCCCAACCUGCAAUAAGUAGGGUCCAAUACCUCUGGACAACAUGGCAGGGUUCUUGCAAGCCUUCAUGAACUAUACUGCAGGACUGUCAUAAACUACUUCUAAGCAGCUUCCAAGUCUAUCCAAGCAACAGCCCCUUCCAACCUGCUAUUUGAGGUCAGUUAGCUGCGUUGUCUGGAAUUUGGAUUGGCAAGAUUGUUUUUGUUUUAAAUCAUACUAAAUAAAAACUGAGUUAGAAAGAAGAUGGAAGCCUCAGGGGGAGGGGGAGUUGGGCACAAGUGUGUCCACCUCCAGCUGCAUUAAAAUAUUGGGUUUCUCCACUGAUAUGUGUGGGUGGCUCUCAUUUCUGUUCCUUGGGACAUAGUUUUUCAGUAUGAACCAGGUAGUGACAUCCAGGCAAUGGUUCUCCCUACAGUGUGUGUGUGUGUGUGUCCUCCUGUUCCACCUUCUAAAUUCUAUCCUUCCCUCAUAUUCAGUUUUCAGUUUUCUCUCUCUUAGUGCUUCAUACACACCAUAUAUUUAAAGCACAUUACUUACUCCAGAGAAUCCUGGGAAGUGUAGCUUACCCCUCACAGAGGUACGAUUUCCAGUACACUUAACAAACUGCAGUUCCAAGGAUUCUUUGGGGGAAGUCAUUUGACUCAGCACAAGUUGAUAUGGGAGUUGGGGGGUAGUUAUUUUCCCCCAGUAUAUGUAUUUUUUGUGUUCUUGGGGGUUAAUGGCAGUUUGCUGAUUCCUCACUCUUCUCAAUGGGUCAUUUUGGAUACAGAGGCCUAGGGCUAUCUUCAGGGAGGCGAAUAAGCCUUGGACCCUGUUCUGUAGGGCACACUAUGGCUGGUACUGGUGGCCAUGGCUGGCAGCCCUGUUGCCUCCCUCCCAUUUGACAAGGCUCUCUCAAACCAUCCCUUCCUAGAGGGAGCCUGGGAGGGAGGAUGUGGAAAUAGAGGACCUCACCAGCAAGGUUGCUGCUAAAGCAAUGAAUAGUAGGUGGGAAGGAACUGCCACUGCCACUACCAUCGGAAGGACAGUGCAGAUAAGAGGAUGUGGGAGCAAUGGAAGAGGGUACAUAGUGUUAUUUGCCCCAACCCUACACCCCCUAGAGACAGGGCUGUAUAAGCAUGACCAUGGCAAGACUCUUAACAGGUACUAAACAAUUUGAUUCACACAGGAAGCUGCCUUAUACCUAAGCAGACCAAUGGUCCAUCUAGCACAGUAUUGCCUACACUGACUGGCAGUCACUCUUCAGGAUUUCAGCCCCACCUAGAAUGCCAGGGAUUGAAGCUGAUAUCUUCUGAAUGCCAAAUUUGGAGCUGAGAUUUUCUUCAUGCAAAGCCAAUGCACAACCACUGAGCUAUGAUCCUUCCCCAAUAGCCUCUGCACUUUUAACCUCUUUAGGAUUUACUUGAGGUGGUUGAGAGAUUGUAGUUCUACUGUCCAAUGUUAAAAGAUCCCGCAUGGAACACUAGAUCAGUUUCAUGAACAAUUCCCAUGCCCAGUUUGCAUAUUUCAGCAGAAAGCAAGCAAAAUAAAGAGCUAGGCAGAAGCAAAUUCCCAUGAUGAGGUUUAUUUUUCCAAACCAUAACUUGAGAUAGGAAUCUGCAUUCCAGUUAAUCUUACAUCUCAAAAUGUGGGUACUUUGUAUGUUAGGUUUGUGUAUGUCACUUCUCUGCUUUAAAUAAUAUUUUAAGAGGGGUGCUGCAGAAUAGUGAAACAAAGCUGUUUUUAUCUAAUCUUAAAGAAUGCAGAAACAUAGACUCCCCCUUCACAUUGCACACUGCCCUCUGAAAUUAGGAAUUGUCUUUCUGUGGGAUGUAUCAAGUUAACACAAUUGGCGGCAACAGUGAGUAAUGCACCUGAUGUCUAUCAUUGGCAUGGUAAUCAACAUUUCCAUUAUGCUGAAACAUAAGUUAUUUACUGGAUAGCUGUUACUAUGUCCCCCCAUCUUCCAAAAGUUCCUUGUCAUGACCCUGCAGUCCUGAUCAAGCGUAGAAUUAUCGUUUCUAUGUGACCUGUAUUUUGUCUAAAGAGGGAUGUUCAUGUUACCAGUGCAGUGAAUUUGCCCCCCCUUUCACAGCUGACCCCCCCAACAGCUGUUCACAUCAGCAGGGCAUCAGUUCAUUUCUGUUGUAUACACACCAGGGGUCAUAGACGGGGAUGUAUUUACCCUAUGCAAAGGUGUUCACACCUUGGCUAGACAUGAAUUAGGAAAGGCUUAAGGACUCUAAUCAGUGGGAGGCUGGGUUGAGAAACAAUACAUCAGACAGUAGUAUAACACAGUACAGGUGGCAUGUAUUUUGGAUAACGUGAACACAGAUUAUAAAUGCAUCACUGGGAACAGUGUGUGUUCAGUAUACAGUAUACAGGUUGAUUGAUUAAAUAAUAAAUAAUGUAGGUUAUUGUAAUGUUGGCCACACAGAUGCUGGAAACAAUGUACCUAGGCCUCCAUUCAAAAGUUAGUUCAGUUCUUGGCCAGUCAACCCCCUCUAUCCUUUCCUAGAGUCUGACAUACUUCUGACUCAAAACAUCAAGAUUUGAUAAUCUGUGAGAAGGAAAAUUGGGAAAAGCCAUAUUCAGUGACUUCCAGUCCAGUGGCUUCAUUUCCAACACAGUCAAGAGACAAAGUAAUGCCUUGACACAGCCUUGGUAAAAGAAAAAGCAAGGCACUUGUUCUCAACACUGUACACAACAGUGACCAAUGUGGGUACAAAAACCACAUUUCAUUUGGUGAAUUUAUCUCCCCGUGGGCUCUCUCACUCCCAGUUAAUUCUUGUAUUCUCCCCUUUCCCUGCUAUUACACUGAAAUAAUGUAAAGUGGCAUUCAUCAGUAAGCUAAGCUUCCCAGCCAAAUGAAAUGGGUGUGAUUUGGCCAGAAUCCUGCAUGUGCUUUGCUUUAUUUGCUCCUAAUGUUUGUUUUUUCAUUUUGAUCGUACUGAUUUUCUAUAAAUGAGUUUGCAGGGUCCAAAGGGCAUAGAAUGGAAGAAACAAAUCAUAAAAUAAAGAUUAAAGACCCAGCGGCACCAUGGGGCAUAGGCAGCUGUUGAUUGCGAAACAUUACGUCCUUGUCACUGCUCUUCCCCCCAUUGGUGGCAACACAGCUGCUUCUUGCCCCUCCAUUGGUGGUGCUGUAACAUCCUCCUCUCUAUCCAGAACAUCAUUUAAGAUGUAAAGGGUUGCUUUAUAUACAGCUUGAUGUUGGUUGAUAUUAGGUUGGCCGCACUGCCAUGGUCUCCAGAAGACUGCGCACACACACAGCUCCCCCAUUAAAAGAAACUAGAGUUGACAAAGCCUCCCCUCAUCUGAAAACUGUUGCCUGUCUCGCUUCAGUUCAUAGGUGGGGAGAGUCAGGGCUCCUGCUCUGAGGAUGUUCCCUAGGGGGACCAGAUGCAAACAAGGAUGAGAUUUGAGUACAGUGGUACCUCGGGUUAAGUACUUAAUUCGUUCUGGAGGUCCGUUCUUAACCUGAAACUGUUCUUAACCUGAAACACCACUUUAGCUAAUGGGGCCUCCCGCUGCUGCUGUGCCGCCGGAGCACAAUUUCUGUUCUCAUCCUGAAGCAAAGUUCUUAACCCGAGGUACUAUUUCUGGGUUAGCGGAGUCUGUAACCUGAAGCAUAUGUAACCUGAAGCGUAUGUAACCCGAGGUACCACUGUAUCCCUAAUAGACAGAUGGUGCUGUCUGCACUGGUUAAAAGUCCCUCUUCUGUGCAACUAUCAACUCCUAGCCUAGCUGCAAUAUUGGGAGCCAGAUUGGGAAGUAAAGGACAGAGUGGCAAGGUAAGGUAGGGGAAGGUUCAGCUGCCUUCAGCCAUGGGACCUUUUGCUCGGAAAUUUAGAUUUCCCAUAGCUCUCAUCUGCUAUGUGAAUGGUGCAGAAAUGCUAGCUUCUUCAGAUGAACAUCUCCAGCAAGGGGCCUUUUACAUCUGUAGUAGAUUUUUUAGAACUCUGGAAAAUUGGGUGUUAAGCAGGUAGGCAUGUUUUGGGGAAAGCAGCCUUGUGGGUCAAAUGAAGAAGCCUGACAUGUCAAAUCUGGCCAACGGACCAGAGGUUCCCCACCUGUAAUAGUGAAAGAGAAAAUAAGACAUUCCUGAAAACUUCCUAAUUGCAAUAGAAAGGCUGGAAAAAUUCUCUGCUUAUGGCAGGUUCUAACUAGCUCUAUGAAUGAAUUUCUACCCUGCCAUGUAUUCAGAUAUUCCCAAGAGAGGCAGACCACUCUACCCCACCUUCUUACUAUUUUCCAUAUCAAACCUUUUAGUGCUCCUACUGGUGACUCAUAUAGUCAGUGGCUUUUAUUAGAAUGUACCUGAGGGCUUAAUCCAGCAGAUAGAUAGCUGUAGGAGCUGUUUUUCUUGUAGUGAUUCACCUAAUUGAUUUCAAUUAGACUAAUAUGAGUAAAAUAACUGGGGAAGUAUUUACACACUUAAGGCUCCAAGAUGCUGUGCUAUAGGCUGGCACUUUACUCUCCUCACCUUGCCUCAUGGGCGGGUGGACCUGCAAAUGUGGUUGCAUAUGUAGAAAACAAGAAUUCCUGCCUGUGCUGAAAUGUUCUGCUUAGGGGUUUAUUCGCAUGAAGAAGUUAAUAUAAUAUUUCAUUGCCCGAUAGAUAUACAAACAACUUACAUUGGAGCUCCUCUUGCGACUGGCUCUUUCGCUAGAGAUAACCUCUAAAUUAAUGAAGUGUCUCUAAAUGCCAGCAAUCACUGCAUCUCCCUUUUCCUCCCAACUAGAAGCAACAACAAACACUCAAAAACAUUAGCCCAACUGUCAUUUAUGAUAAAUGUUCCGAAGAUUAGAUGUUCCCAGCAUAUCACCCUAAUGUGAGUCUUUACCAUACAGUUCCUUUCCCUGUGGCAGUCUUUUCAGAAAGGUUCUUGGAGGACAGCUCCCCUUUUCCGGAGGGCUGCAUUGUGGGAGGAGUUCCGGGACCUCCCAGUGACCGGGGGUGGGCAGAGGGAUGCUGCCCAUGUCAAUAGGACACCCAGCCGCAUCACGCCCCCUGCUGACCAUCGGGUUAGCUGGGGGCGUGGCCACUUGCCAUUUAAACUGAGGAGUGGCUGGGAGAGUGACCUCCAUUUGUCCCCUUCGUCGGAUCUGGGCUGGUUCUCCUGCGGGCUUUGGCCUGGGCCUCGCCAUGCAGUCAUUAUGGAGCAUUCACCUUCCUCCCUGAUGUUCAGAGCCUUUGUUCUUCCAGGGAUCAUCUCUAUAACCCCAUCCCUAUCCCUUCCAUUUACUGUAGGAAUGUGUCUCAAUUACAGCACUCACUACACUGUUCUUGGUGCUUUGCCUAGGACAGCAGAGGACAGAUCUUGAUCUCCUAGGUUGCUGGGUGAUUUGCAGUAAGAGAUUCUGACCCCUAAUUAUUUAACAAUAGGAACGACCAAAACCUGCUAAAUUAGGCAAAUUAUCUUUUUCUGUUAUAGCUCAGAUAAAACAGAUGUAUAUCUGUAUAUUCAGAUCAUAUAGCCACUACACUACCCUGCCACAGUUACGUAGUUGGUGGAGGGAGUUAUAAAUAGCAAGUUCACAGGGAAAGGGAACAAGCUUUUGAGUUCUCCAGAAUGCUUCAUCAGGCUAGAUGAUAAACCAAGUAAAUAGGGAGAGAAGGGGGGUGGGGGAGUUAGCUGGUGGCAAAGCCAUGAGUCUGUAUCUUGUUUUUCUUCUUCUUCUUUGGCGAUCACUCGUAGCCGAGUAAGAUUGUCUUCCAUAAACACGGUUUUAACCAUGAGUCCGUAAGUGACUGUGGAGGCCAAUUCUGGACCUGCGUGUCCUUCCACAGGGGGGACAUUGGUUCCCGGGCGGGAGUUGAUCACGGUGUGGAUUUGCCAAGCAUGCCUUCCUCUACAUACUUCUAGCUACCAUCCCAAACAUACCAAACAAUCCAUUGUAUAUAGCCAGGCCCUACGUUACAGCCGCAUCUGUUCCAACUCUACAGACCACCUGAUGAAGUUAAACAGAGCCAGAUGAAUACCCAGUCAACAGAGCCAGACUGCUGCAAGACAGACCCAAAAAAGAAAAUAACAGAACACCACUAGUAAUCAUAUACAGCUCCCAAGUUAAAACAGUUCAACGCAUCAUCAGAGAUCUACAACCUCACCUAGACAAUGACAGUUCUCUUUCUCAAGCUCUGGGAGGAAGACCUUUCAUUGCCUACAGACAGCCACCCAAUCUUAAACAACUCCUCACCCACAAUAAUACAACAACCAGACUUAACAUGGACACUGGUACCAGAGCCUGCAAUAAACCCAGAUGCCAACUUUGCUGCCACAUACACCCGGACAACACCAUUACUGGCCCGAACAAUAUCAAACAUACCAUCUCAGGACUAUUUAAUUGCUCAUCUUCUAACAUUCUGUAUGCCAUCAAAUGCCAACAGUGCCCUUCAGCCCUCUAUAUUGGACAAACAAGCCAAACCCUACGCCAAAGGAUAAAUGGACAGAAAUCUGAUAUCGGGAAUCACAAGACAGAGAAACCAGUAGGAGAACACUUCAAUCUCCCAGGACAUUCUAUACAAGAUCUCAAAGUAGCUGUCUUCGUACAAAAGAAUUUCAGAAAUAGACUGGAAAGAGAAGUUGCUGAAUUGCAACUUAUUACCAAACUUAAAACCAUGGAGAGACCUGGUCUGAAUAGAGACAUUGGAUUCUUAUCUCAUUAUACAUGAUAAAGCUAUUUUUAGCCAUCUCACCCCUUGCUUUUUCCUGUAAGACCAAUUGCAGUCGUUAACAGUCGUCAACAGGUUUACCAUACCUAUCAGCCAAUCACCCAUUCCCACCACCCUUCUGAGUAAUACCCCUCCCCACCCUCUAACUUACCUUGCCAACAAAGGUCCGUAUAGUUAAAGCCAUGGUUUUCCCAGUAGUGAUGUAUGGAAGUGAGAGCUGGACCAUAAAGAAGGCUGAUCGCCGAAGAAUUGAUGCUUUUGAAUUAUGGUGCUGGAGGAGACUCUUGAGAGUUCCAUGGACUGCAAGAAGAUCAAAUGCAUCCAUUCUUAAGGAAAUCAGCCCUGAGUGCUCACUGGAAGGACAGAUCCUGAAGCUGAGGCUCCAAUACUUUGGCCACCUCAUGAGAAGAGAAGACUCCCUGGAAAAGACCCUGAUGUUGGGAAAGAUUGAGGGCAAAAGGAGAAGGGGACGACAGAGGACGAGACGGUUGGACAGUGUUCUCGAAGCCACAAACAUGAGUCUGACCAAACUGCGGGAGGCAGUGGAAGACAGGAGUGCCUGGCGUGCUCUGGUCCAUGGGGUCACGAAGAGUCAGACACAACUAAACGACUAAACAACAACAACAACACCCUCUAACUUCUGUUUCAGUGUAUCUGAAGAAGUGUGCAUUCACACGGAAGCUCAUACCAAUAAACAAACUUAGUUGGUCUCUAAGGUGCUACUGGAAGGAAAUUUUUUUUGUUCCAAAUGCAUUUGUUGAGGAUGGUAUUCAAUUAAAUUUUAAUCAGAGUAGACCCAUUGAAAUUUAGUCAUGCUCAUGAAUUUCAAUGGGUCUGCUCUGAGUAAAACUUACAUUGAUUAUCACCCAAUGUCUUUUAUCAUAGUCAUUGACAGCCAAACACUAUUUCAAAGAUAGCAAUACAAUAUCCAGAGCACAGGUAACAUGGGGAAGGUAAACAGGGCAUAGGCUAUUGCCAGGGGAAUAUCUGUACAAAUGUGGCUUUCUUUAAAUACACACACACACACUCCCUCUCAAGAGAAAUGUGUGUUCUAGCACUGAAAAGAUGCUUAGGUCAUCACUUAGCUCAAUAAAUUUUCCUGUUGCUUAUCUCUACCAACUGCUUGAACAUUUCUUACAAAUUUUAUCUCAUCUGUAUAGGAAAGAGAAUAAAAAGUGAUAAAUGUGGUAGAUGGUUGCUGGAUUUCUAAAGAUCAGCUAUAGGAUGUAUUGAAGACUUGUCUUCUGAGGCCUCAGGUGGUGUGAUAAAAGAUUUGACAACCUGCUGUGUGGCAUGAUCUCCAUCAUUUCUUGCUUAAGUGCAAGAAAUUGAAAAGCAACACUCUCAAGACUGACUCAGCUCCUGUUUUUUAAAAACAAAAAUCCUUACACUGUAGGGUUGCCAACUUCCGGCCAGACACAGCCUUCUAUGUCCUCCUUGUAGCAGCUGCUUGCCAUGUGACCCAAUACCUCUACCCUCAUAAAGUGGAAUUAACUGCACCACACAGGGUAGCCUAACUCAAGAGGGAAGCUCUGUUUUUAGUACCAUAUGCAGCUGCAUAGUGUUUGAGGAAGUGGAGAAGUUAAAAUAAACAAGCAGUUCAAGAUUGUGUGAAUAGGACAAAGGAGGGAUUAAUGACAUGCCUGCCAGUGAUGUCAUAGGCACUGUCCAAUAGGGUCUUGCAACAUUUGCAUAACCACUGUCCCCAGCAAGUAACAGGAAGCACAGCAGCUGUGUUUUAUGGGGCAAACAACAGUUAAACAUAUUUCACUUACGAUACUAGAGGCCCAAGUGGCACCUGCAGCAUACAGCAGAUUCCACCAGAUGGUGCUGGUGUGCCAAAUGCGACCCCUCCUGGACAGAAGCAGCCUGGUCAUAAGUAUCUGGUAACCUUCAGAUCAGAUUGCUGCAACUCUGCUAUAGGCGGGACUACCUUUGAAGAGUGCUUGGAAGCUGUUGUUACUCCAAAAUUGUGUAAUUGCUGGGCUACAAAUUGGGACCAGGCAAUGGAAACUAUCUCCCUGGUUUUAAAACAGCUGCACAGGCUGCCAUUUCAUUUCUGAACUCAAAGCAACGGGCUUGAUGAUGAAAGCCCUAUAGAGAUUGGGAGCUGGGUAACAAAAGGACCACAUUGCCCCACAUAAGCUUGUCCAUGUGUCAGUUUAUCUGCUGGCCUGUAUUGCACCUUUACAUACCGUAUGUGGGCUGUAACACACAUGUCCAACUCACAGGUAGACUCUGCAUUCAUUUCUACUGUGCAGGUUAAAAGCUUUCUGUGUUGGGACAUCAUUGGCUUCUAUGUCCCGAGUGCACUAAAAAUAUACAUCCUUGGUUCUGAAGCAUUUAAAAAAACAACAACAGGAAACAGUCAUUUGCAGAGGGUAACUGUCUUAAUUAGUUGCAGCAAAAACAGUUAUUCUGUCAUCUUAAAGACACAUUUAUUGUAACAUGAGUUUUCAAGGUCUGCAGUCCACUUCAUCUGAUGCACUAUGUGUUUGUUUACAUUUUUAUGCUGCCUUUCCUCCAAGCAGCUCAAGGCUGGCACACACAGUUCUCGCCUUCCCCAUUUUUAUCCUCACAACAACCAUGUGAAGUUCAGCCAACAGAGCAUGACUGGCCCAAGGUAACCUAGUGAGUUCAUGGCUGAGUGGGGAUCUGAACCUGGGUCUCCCCCGUCCUAGUCCAGUACACUAGCCACUAUACCAUACUACACUGCCACAGUUAUAUAGUCAGUGGAGGGGAUUAUAAAUAGCGAGUUCACAAGGAAAGGGAACAAGCAUAACUGCGACAAAACAGUGCGCAAGCUUUUGAGUUUUCCAGAACGCUUCAUCAGGCUAGAUGAUAAACCAAGCAAAGGGGGAGAGAAGGAGGGUGGGGGAAUUAGCUGGUGGCAAAGCCAUGAGUCUGUAUCUUGUAAUAGUCUUAAGAAGGGGGAAUGUAGCAGACAUUCAAAUGAUGUGUUAUAGGUGCUUUGCGGGUCUUUGGCUACACCAAAGCCUUUUGGGAAGGUGGAAUACACAACUUUUCCCAUCUCUGGAAAUGGAAGAAGCUGCUGUUACCCAAAUCUCUCUCCAACCUUAGGUGAAACACACAGAUUACUUGGUAGGUAGAAAACAAGAAUAAAGACAAAAUGCAUAUUUUUUUAUAUUAACAAAGGUGCAAGUUAAAUUAGGUGGUUUGGUAGGCAAAUUUCCAUAAUUAUGUGAUUAACAGUGGUCAUUCACAAAACAGCUAUUGUUGCUAAUGCAGAUAUACUGGGAUUAAUAAACCAAUUAACACUGGUGGUGUAACAAAAACCCUUUUACCCUAUUCAGUUCACAGAUAACAGCAAUGAACCUCUUAAUGAAUUGUAAUUGAGCACUUUCGCAGUGCAGUCUCCCUUUGAAGUCCCUUUGUACAGACACUUUAAAGUCAGUAGCAGAAUAAGAUGGGAAGUUGAAAACCGUAUUAGUUUCUGAAUAAAUUGCCAUUUCUGCUGUCAGAUCUGUGCCCAUUCUUUUAGGUAGAGACUAACCUGUUUGCCCUAUGCAGAAUGCAAAAGCAAGAAAUAUAGCCUUCAAACGUUAGAUGUCCACCACCCAAAUAUUUGCUUAGGAAUAACAGCAUUUCACAACAAGAGUUUUUUUCAUGACCUUAUUGACUCAACUCUGCCAUUAAUGAUUGUGUGAAGCCCAGCUGGAAGUUCACAAUAAUAUUUGAUUGAUGCCAUCAAAAAAUGGACCUGCAAUCACAUGCGCAGGAGUGGUCUACCAGACUGCUUCCUCAUAAUAAUCUAAGCAGCUCUUCAUUUGAUUGCAAUUCACUUCUGUGUCUCAGUUGUGCUUGGUUAGCAGUGGUGAUCAGAAAAAAUGUCACACUUCAAGCAUACAUGGUCUCCUUUUGUGUAUAUAUUUAGCUAGAACCUCAGUGCCCUGUGAUUUUUUUUUUUAAAAAGUACAAGUCUAGACUAAAUGUUCUGCAUAGUUAGGAAAUCCUCCCUAACUGUGGGGAGACUUAGACCACAGUCCAUCUAUUUCUACAUUGCAUUUCUCAAAGUGUAUUUGAAAACCCCACGAAUGGAAUACGAUGCUGAUAGCCCAUCCUCUGCUGCUGGUCCCUGGUAUCUUGAAGUAAGAAGUAUGCUUCCUUUGAAUAUUAUGGUUCCAUCUUUGGCUAUUAUGAGUAAGAGCCAUCAACAACCAACUUCCUGCCCUUGAAUUUGUCCUAUAAAAGGAAAAAAGCAUCAUAGGGUUAGGGCACAAUUUCAUUUCGGACUCUCUUCUGCUUCCUAACUCUUAAAUGGAAAUAAGGGACAGAGUGGUUGCAAAAGAGUGAAAAUGUAUCUUCCAGCAUCCAAUGAAGCUGAAUGUUGGAAGAUUCCAGACAAAUGAAAGGAAGUGCUUCUUGACACAGCACAUAGCUAAAUUAUGGAAUUUGCUUCCACACGAUGUAGUGAGGAUUAGAUAAAUUCAUGGAGGGUAAGGCUAUUAUUAGUGGCUAAGCGAACAAAAGAACUUCAGUGGGAGGUUGCAUUGUGAAACUGCUCAAUUACAGUUCAUCAACUGCUUCACUCAAAAAGUGAACUAGGGGAAAGGAUUUUUAUCACAUUACAUCUGUUAAUUGAUUUACCAAUGUGACCAUUGUUAAUUAAGUAAUUGUCGCUGUCUGCAUUUUCUGCAUUACAGUUCCCAGUGUUUACAAUCCCGCCUCCAUCUGUAACUCAGGAUAACACUUCAUGCAUCUGAUGGAGUGGACUGUAAUCCAGGAAAGCUGAUGCCAUAAUAUAUUACUUACUCAUUAAGAUGCAAUGAACCUCUUUCUUGUUUUGUUAGGUAAAUUGCUACUCUAGUCAAUUAAAAAAAAACAACGGAUUAGGAAAAAGUAUCCUGACAGCCAGACCUCUUUUGAGUGUUUUGAAGGAGACAGCCAUCAGAGUUUGAAGAAGGUGAAACAUACUUCUCUACAAGAAGAUGGAAGGGUGUGUGUGUGUGUGUGUGUGUGUGUGUGUCUGUGUGUAAGUGAGAGAAAAGUGUAGGGGAAAGAGAGAUAAAUUUAUCAUUUUCAGAAGAGGUGGAUAGAUGGAGCCAACUUACAGCUGGGAAUUUGAUACGGAAUAGCAGAUGUGAUGCCUUCUUUUCUUAUCUUAGUGAAUACUCUCUUUGUAUAUUUGUAAAUAAAGGAAAUAUUACUACCAUGUACUAAAUCUCCAGUGGUUUCACUUCCAAAGGAAACCAUACUUGGGUAGUACUUCCCCUGGAACUUUUAAUUGAUUGAGGAAGUGGGCAAUACACAAAAGAAGCCUCAGGUAUCCUCAGGCCAUGGAAUGAAAAGAUCCCAUCUUAUCACUGGCAUUUCCAGUAGGGGUGGAGGGAGCAUAGCUUGGUGGUAGAAUGUCUGCUUUGUACACAAAGAUCCCAGAAUAUCCCUGGCAUUUCCAGUUAAAAACUGAUGGGGAAGACAACUGAGACUCCGGAGCCACUGCCAGCCAGAGUAGGCUGUACUAGGAUAGAGGGACAAAUAGUCAGAUCUAGGAUGGUAUCUUGUGUCCCUUCUAUUGAAAUACACAAAAUCUAUGCCUGCCGUUUCUAUGCAAAGAUCUAGCAUAUGCAAGAGAAGCUAGGGACUGUUGACCACAGUAAUUUUCUGUUCCUCAAACAGUGGUUACGCCACAAUGGUUACGCUCUACCUUUACUGGUUGUAUGCUUCUGAAUACAAGUAGCUGGGAAUUGCAGGUGAGAAGAGCACUGUUGUGCCAAGGUCCUGCUUGCAGGUUUCCCAUGGUUGGCCCAUCUGGUUGGCCACUAUGAGAACUGGAUUCUGUGCUGGACUGGGUGGAUCACUGACCCAGCAGAGCUUUUCUUAAAUUCUCCAAAUUCUUGUGAGAUUAUAGGACGAUUGAUCAGGACUGUGAUAGCUAUAUGGAAUUUGGUUGCAUGAAUGUCAUGUUUUUGGUGAGGUACAGUUACGUUAAUACACUAUUUCCACACAUAAUACAUUUUUGUGCUAUCAGUGGAAAGGUACACAAGCUAUGCCUUCACCAGGUUGUGAACCUCUAUAAAAGAUGAUUUUUAAAGUAUUUUCUCAUUGGAAGAUGCUUGCAUCUUUGUUCUACAGCUCCAGUGUAGCAACACAUUACUAGCAGAGGGACAUAUGGGGAACGCUGCCUGCUGGUACAUGAUUCUCUAUGACUUGAAUUGACCCUUUUGUGUAUUACUGCCAACUGCAUGGUGUUGCAAGCAAUAUCACGUUUGGGUAAGGAUCUACCGUACCAGCCAAAAUGUUAAUGUUGAUCCAUUAUUGGCUAAAAAUACGCAAGGAAUCCAUGUGUUCCGAGCUGUAGAACUGCACUAUGUUUGAGAAUUGGAGAGUGGGAACUUAAGAGGUUUGAGAUUUCAUUUCACUUCCCCCCACCAUUAGUUUCCUCCUGCUGCCAGAUGGAACUCUCUAUUGUUAUUAUUAAGCCAAAGACCCAGGUUGGCCUGUGAAACACCAUUAACAAAGCAAAGUAUCCAGUUCAUGAAUGUAGCUUAGUGAUGUAAGAUGUGCUUUCCAAGUCUCAUCACAGCUUGGAAAGACACUUGCUUGGAAGACAGUAUUGCGUUGGAAAGAUCAUGGUCUGAUUCAGUGUGGCCAUUUCAUAAGUUUAUAUGAAUAGAGAAAUCAGAUGCUGGAUUAACUGUCUCCUGUUUAUUUUAAAUGUAAUAAUUUGUAUUAAUGGAAGAAGCCAUUUGGCCUUAACAGUGGACUGUCAGAUAUAUAGUCUACAAAUAUUUAGAGAGAUUACAUAGGGUCAGAGCCUGUCAGAGCUGCAAACAGAUAUUUCUGAAUAUAACCUAGCCCCUAGUGGAGGAGCCUGAUAAAAUAAAAAAGCCCUCAAUCUGUUAAGUCAUUGUUAAGUCAAGGGAGGGCACUGUAGCCAUCCACUUUAACAGAUUGGUUGUCUGGGAUGAGGGUGGAAGAGGGAGAAAUUUCAUCACAGAGAUGAAGUGAUUUCUCAAUUGCUGAGGAAAGGAGCAGAGGAACGUGUGCGUGCAUGCGUUUGUGUGUGUGUAAUGUCACAGAAUUUUUUAUUACCACACUGUAAAAUAUAAUCCUGACGUUUUGCAAGCCAAUAAAAGACAAUAUUACAUUACAAUUUUAACGUUCACACUACAAAUUAUAUAUCCACUGCAGAUACCAGUGUACAAUACGAAAUGUAGAUUUACAUUUCCUGUUGUAGAAUUAGGGUUAAGCCAGGGAGGGGCAGUUGGUUAGGGUCCCAAAGAUUUGCAUGUGCAGGCUCACACUCAAGUACACACAUCCUUCCACCCCCCUCCCCCACAGAGACAUGCACACAGCCACACAACUUUGCAGGCCCAUGUGCAGUGGGCUGGGGGCCACUGGGAUGCAGAAGUAGCAAAAAUGACAUGACACCAGCUUGGGAUCGAAAUGGCCACAAUAUUAUUGAUUACAGAUGCAAUGAGGUGCUCCUUCAUAGCUGCAGGGACAAACGGUAGCUCAUCCACCUCCCCAAGCUCGGCGCUGGCGGGAAAUAUAGGGACAUUUUGGGAUCAAAUCAGAAGCCAGGAUGACUUUAAUAAUUCCAGGACGGUCCCUGGAAAACAGGGACACUUGGAGGCAAUGGGAAGGAACCUUUGUAAAACAUAGUAAAUGCUCAGGCUAGUGCUUUGCACCUCUGCCGUUAAAACAAAUGGGAUGCUUAGUUUAAUCCUGUGCUUGCCUAUUUGGAAGUAAAUCUCACUGUGUUUAACUUGGGCCUAUUUCCAAACAAGCAUGCAUAGGGUUGCAGUCUUACAAAUGCCCAAGCUUGGCUGGACUGGAUGUUGCCUAUUAGUAUUUAAAAGGUUACCUUCCCAGGUACAAAAGGUCAAGGAGAGAGUGUGCCCAGAUCCAAUAGAAACCAGGGUAUCUGCAACUUUAAUAGCUGUGUAGAAGAAGAAAUUUCAGCAGGUGAGAGUUUGUCAUGCAGUUAAAAUAAGCAAAGAAAUGUCCAUGGAACAUUCAAUACAACAAUGAAGGUUAUAUAACAGUAGGCUGGUAAUUUUAGGUGUUCCACCGUCUAAAAGUUCUGUGGCUUGGUUGGUGUGUAUUUGGAAGCUUAAACUUUCUGAAACUUACUCAUUAGGAGGUGAAACUUUGCCAGGAUAUUCCCCUGUUUUCCAUUUAAGAAAUCAAAUAAAAAAUUAUCACACAGUGUUCGUUAUUGCUGGACAUGCAUGCACAGCCAUAUCAUUUGGUUGCCUAGCAACCUGGGGGGUGGGGAGAGGACUGGCAAGAGGAAGAAAGAGAAAGAGAAAGCUUAGCAGAAAACACUCUGAGCAGCAGAAGAAAGGCAGUCUGACAUUUCAUUUAAGGUAGGUUUGGAUUGGUUCUGGCACAGCACAGUGUGGUCCAGGUUACUGAUGAUGGUUCAUAAAGGGGAACCUCACCUGUCUUGCAAAAUGGCUAAGGUUUUGUAGCAAAGCUUGCUAUGUCAAAUCCUGUGAGUUUCAAAUCUUUCUUAUUUAGAAACGGGGAGGAAAAGGUGAGGGCUUGUUUUUGUGGAAACAAAUGGCAUUCAGUCUGCAACAACACAAUACUUGUGCUGUGGUCUUCGGUCAAGACAGUCUGUAAACAUGAGAACUGAGUUGCUUUUGAAAUAUAAUAGCUUCUGUGUAGAGGAGUGAGGGCAUAUUUUUCAUCACCACUAUUGUUGAGUUGCAGAAAUACUUUGUGAUCAGAACAUGAUCUGCUCAGAGGGUAAUAGAAUGCCCUUUCUGAAAGCAAGAAAUAAAAUAGUAUUACUCUUAGCAGCAGGAAGACUAAUUUUUAAUACUGUGUUUUGAUUGUUGCAAGCCACCCUGGGACCUUGCGGGUAAAAGGUUGGCAAUAAACGGUAAUAAUUAUUUUUAAAUUAUUUUUGUCUUACUUGAUGUGUAUGUUACAAAGUAUACCAUUAUUAGAGCAGCAGGAAUAAGAAGAAUUAUUUUGAUAAAAUUGGAGGAGUUUGGAUUUGGAUUUGAUAUCCCGCUUUAUCACUACCCUAAGGAGUCUCAAAGCGGCUAACAAUCUCCUUUCCCUUCCUCCCCCACAACAAACACUCUGUGAGGUGAGUGGGGCUGAGAGACUUCAGAGAAGUGUGACUAGCCCAAGGUCACCCAGCAGCUGCAUGUGGAGCAGUGGGGAAUCGAACCCGGUUCACCAGAUUACGAGUCCACUGCUCUUAACCAUUACACCACACUGGCUAGAGUUCAUGUUUUUCAUGCAAAAGGUUCUGAGCUAUGAUCAAUGGUCUGACAUGCUAAAAGCCAACUUUGUGUUGCUGAGUAUAAGGUACAAACAUGUGAUUAAUUAAUUUUCCAUUAUUUGUUACUCCUCCAUACUUUGAAAGAUCCUGGCAGAAGUAGGCGGUUAUUUUCCUCCACCCUCAAAACGCAAUAGGUUUUUCUGUCUGCCUCUGGAGAUAUUGAAAAAACACACAACUGUUGACACAUUAUAUGACAACAAUUUGACUAGGGAAGAACAUGCAACUCAAAUGGAUUUGAGAAAGAAGUUUUAGUUGUUGAGUGGGCAAUGUCACUUGAACCAGGCUUUCUGAUAUUUGAUAACUAGUCAUUCAUUUAGUCCACAGGGACAUUACAGAUAUUUAGACACUGUUCUAAAAUUUUGAUUAGCGACUAGGCAGAUCCUAUUGCACUUUUUGUUCUACAAACAAAGGGAAAUGUCAGUCUUUCAAGAUCCAACAAUUCUAUCUAUGUCUUCUUGUUGUUGUUAUUCUCUCUAAGCACAUCCACCUUGAUUUUCUUCCAAUGGAUUACCAAUUUGAUUUCAGACAAUUGGAACAGGAAGUUCCAUGUGACAGCCCUUUAGAUAUUUGAAGAUGGCUAUCAUAGCUCCUCUCAGUCUCCUGUUACCCAGGCUAAACAUACCCAAUUCCUUCAACUAUUCCUCAUAAGGCUUGGUUUCCAGACCCUUUAUCAUUGCCUUCCUCUGCACACCUCGAAACCUCCUAAUGACAAGAAAGAUUGCUGCCAAAAUGAUAACCACUUUGGCGGCAAACACCCUUGCUGUGUUGCACGAGGUAGCAUUCUGGAUGGAGAUUUGGCCCCAUCACGGUCCUCCGAGUUACCUGUUGUCAGACUCUUCCCUCUCCCAACAGGCAAGUUUUCUGAGGACUGAAUUUUUCUAAACAAGAGAAGCCCAUCAUUUUAUCAUCAACUUCAGCUCUUUGCAAGGUAAGUGCUUGAAGUUGUGUAACUGGUAGCACUUAGUGCCCCUCAUCCGACAUCUAAGGUACUUUUUCUUCUUCUCCUUAGAUCUCUUAAGUUUAGAUUACUUGAAAAGUCACCGCUCUCCCCCCCCACCCCCGCCCCCAUAUCUGUUGUGGUUAAUAAUGAGAAUAAUUAAAAAUGCCAUUUAAUUUACAGUAUUUCUUAAGUGGCAUUCCAUUUGCAUAACAACUAGAACACACUGGAUAAACAGUUGCUAGGUAACUGGAAAUUCUUCUUCACUCUUCUCCACUAUUCCAAAGGAAGCUCCCACGCCCAGAACCUUUCACAUAGUACAAGGUAAAUACUUUGUCAGGAGGAUAUGGGAGGAAAUGCUGAGGAUUGGGUGUAAGACCACAACCCCUGGCUUCACGUUCCAUGAACCAGGGAAUGUAGCACAUUUUGCUCCAAUAUGCCAUCAUCAGUACGCUAAGAAAUAAUCUUAGCUACAGAGCAUAGCUUGCUGAGAACCCACAGUGAAUGUAGUUUAUUUGCUCUCACUGGUAGUGGAGUGGAGCAGAACAGACCGAAAAAGAGCAAUUAACAAUAGUGUACCCUGAUGCGCAGAUAAGGCCAAUAUGAUUGAUGCUGGACUUUGCCGCUUCAGGAGACUGGUCUAACUAGUCUCCUUCCUAUUGUGUGAGUGCCAGAUUUCCCAUUAGGCAGGAGAUCUGGGUUUAGAUCCUUGAAUGCCUUUUCUAAAGCUUCAAAGCAGCUAUUGAGUAGGGCUGUGAAUUUAUUGAGGAUAGCAACAGGGAAAGGGUGUAUUUAACCCUUUCCCCUUGUGACAUGUUCAUAACUGAAGUCCUCUUCCUCCACCCAAGCUGAAGGCAUUAAUACAGAGGAUUAUCAGAGGAUGGGCCGUUCAGCACUCUGUCCGUUGGAGGAUGGGCCAGAGCGUGUGCACAUGUGAGCUCUUCCGGGUUGGAGGAGCGCCCGUGCGCGUGCGCACACACUAUUUCCAGUGCUCCUGUGACCUGGAAGUGCGCUGGAAAUAGCAUGUGUUCAUGCUUAUGGGUACUUCUCCGCCCUGCACACGUGUGCACACGCUAUUUCUGGCACACAUCCGGGUUGGAGGAGCACCCAUGCGCAUGCGCACAGGUGCCAUCAACCCAGAAGUCAGUCCCCAUGCCGUGUUGGUAAGAGUGGGUGUCAGGGGGUGCCAUGGGCCUGUUAGACAAGCCUCGUGGGCCGCUACCGGCCCAUGGGCCUUAGGUUGCCAACCCCUGUAUUAAUAUAACUGAGGGUAGGGAAACAGGACACUUACAGAAACCUGAACCACUUUUUGUCACCAUUUGCAUUAGGCGUAAAUUUGUUCCCAUUGGGAUUUCUUGUAACAGGACUAAGUGUUAACCCAGUAACACUUAAUAAAAACUGUUAUUUUAAGGAUGUGGAGUCAGUGAGAAAUUGAAGUAUUUUAAGGGUAGCCAAUCUAGUUGCCGCCAGAUGUUGUGGACUAGAACUCCCAUCCCUAACCAUUCACCAUGCUGGCUGGGGAUGAUAGGAGUUGUCGUCCACAACAUCUGGAGGGCCCCAUGUUAGCUACUCCUGGUGUAAUGCUUCGUUGUAUAGAAGGGAAAAAAUAGAGAAACUAAUCUGAUAUCUAGGCAGCCAAGUACACUAUGGUGACUAGUGCAGAGAAGGAACUAAGAGAUGAACUAUAUGCCAGAUAUUGAUUGAUUUAUUUAGGACAUUUCUAUCCUGCCUUUCCCCUAAAAAUAGUGCUCAAGGUGGCUGAUAGAAAUGAAAAUCAACAGUGCAAAUACCAUCUAAAAAAAGCUGCCCGAAAUCAAUAAAUUGGUAUCAGCAGGAGUAAAACCACACAGUGUGAAAAGCACAGGUGAACAAGAUGUUAAUGACGAAGUUAGGCAAAACUAGGAGAGGGGAUUCUAAACACAGCAAAUUCCAAACACUCUCUGGAAGGCACCCUACAAAUAUCUAAGGAUCAGGAGGGCACAGAGAGGCCUCAUUCUGAAGGACUUAAUUUAUGUUAAGUUUGUUAGGGAGUAGUGCCUUCAGGGAUCAUGGUCCCAAUCCAGUUAGAUCUUUAAAGGUUAAAAUCGGCACUUUGGAGUAUGCUUGGAAGCAAAACUGGCAGCCGGUGUUGAACUUCUUAAAGAAGUGGUGGCCGAAGAUCACCCAUAUGCUUUUGUGGGUGAUUACUCAGCAGAACAAAGUAAACAAAUAUAGAGAGAAGUGAGAUUCUGCUGAAUCCUGAGGAAACAGACUGAGGAUAUCUCUUUAGAAUGAGCAAUCCUGUGUCAGGUUCUGAGGAAUAUUAGCAGGCUUGGUCAGUCGUGCCUUCUGUUAAAGUAGGGGCGGGGAACCUUGUUGAGCCUCAAGGCUGCAUUCCUUCAUGGGCAAACGUCCAAGAACUGCAAGCUAGUGGUAGGUGGAGCAACAGAUGUGACUCAUACCUUUCUACAGUGAGCUACAUUCCAGCCGCACAAAGCUGGAGAUUUCUACACCUAGAUCUCCAUCCUCUGACCAGGUAAGCAAGAAACAUCAUUGCAGUUUCAAGGACAAAUUCCAGCCGGGCAAAAGCACUCAAGCAAUAUGUGGAGCAGGGCUAGUGAUGGAUGUGGUCUGGGGUGAGUUCCUACAGACAGAGAGGCAAAGCCUGAGGUCCCCCACCUAACGUUUCCCCCCCUCCAGCUUUUGACCCAUGCAGAAGAGGCAGCCUGUGGCCAAAAUAUGGCUCCUUGGUCUUCAGCAGUGUUAAACUUACGGUUAAUGUGUGUACACACCAGAAGUUGAUUGGGGACAAGUGCCACAAAGGCCUUUAAUUUCACAACUUGCCAUUGUGUGUUCAUUGCAUUCUGGUGCCCAUGUGUUGGAUAAUCCUAUGGAUGUGGUUUACAACCGUAUGCAACAGCCUUUCCCUUCCUCCAUUUUGUUUUGCUUUGUUAAUAACUUACUAUUGAAAAGUGUAUUGGUUUAUACAGAUCACAUUUCCCAACCCCCUACUUCCACUUUACUUCUUUUUCUCCCUUUAAACCAGUUUUCUCCAAUCUGGGGCCAUCUACAUGUUUUGUAUUACAACUCCCAUCAUCCCUGACUGUCAUCCAUACUAGAUGGGGAUAAUGGGAACUGGAGUCCACAAUCUGGAGGACUCCAGCUUGGGGGAAGGCUGUUCUAAAGGAUUAAUUGCUAUGAAGUCAGUUAUCCAAAGCUAACAAUAUUAUUGGCAGCUAGCUUUCAUAAUAGGUAGAGCACGUUGAGGAAAACACCAUCAAGCUGCACAUUGUGAGCCACACUUAUAGGCAUGGUGACUGCAGCAGGCAGUGUAGUAGAUUGGGUGAGGAUUGCGGAGACCUUUGGAAACAAUAUUGGUACCUGUGUGAGCUCUUAAAAGUGGCAGUCUCUGGGUUGGGGCAUAGCAAUCCUACUUAUAACAAAGCACAACUACAGUGGUAGCUCGCGUUAAGUACUUAAUUUGUUCCGGAGGUCCGUACUUAACCUGAAACUGUUCUUAACCUGAAGCACCACUUUAGCUAAUGGGGCCUCCAGCUGCUGCCGCGCCGCCGGAGCACGAUUUCUGUUCUUAUCCUGAAGCAAAGUUCUUAAUCUGAAGCACUAUUUCUGGGUUAGCAGAGUCUGUAACCUGAAGCUUAUGUAACCCAAGGUACCACUGUAGAACUCUUUAUUGUGCACAUACAGUAAGUCUGCAACUUAAGCACAUUUAACAUUCAGCUUUAUGCAUUCGGCAAAAUAAUAAAUAUAUAAUAUAAUAAAUAAUAUUAUUAUAUAUUAUGUAUGCACGAUGGCGAACUCCACAUAAUCAGAGUUACAAAUCACCAGGGCAGGGAGCGGGAUAGAGCCUUCACAAGUACAAGAGAUUCCCUGCUUUAACCUAAGGACAGCUGUAAAGACGGAGACCAUGAUAUGCUGAGAAGAGGACUGGGGCUUGUCAGCAUGGCUAAAUAGGGCUACAGCCUUAUGUAAUUCAUAUUCAGUCAUACAUAGCUAUCUUGGCUGUGAGUCCUGGAAGACCUGCCCCUUGUCUUGUUGAUCUUUUUGACAUCUGGCUUGGGAGGUCAGGGCUGACUGACUCCUGCUACAAAAGUUGAAGUUGUUGAACAGAUUAUUGGGCUGGGGAAUUGUUUGGGCAGAGCUUUCCAAACUUUUUAUGUCGGUGACACACCUUUUAGACAUGCAUCAUUUCACGACACAGUAAUUCAGUUUUGCCAGCAAACCAGAGAUUAAACUAACCCCUUUCGGGCCCCGGGAGGAGCAUGGGAAGCGUUUGUGCAACACACCUACACACUGCAGCCAACAGAGUAACGUGUCGCGACACACAGUUUGGAAAGCACUGGUUUAGGGGGUUGUAUUGCUGUUAUUGAUAUUAAUUUUUUGUGAUUAUUUUUUAGAUAUUAUUUAUGUGGAAGUUUUUCAGUUUGGUUGUGUACUUUUUGAUGUGUUUUAUUAUUUAUGACUACUUUUGCUAUAUUUGUAAUUAUGUAUUCAUUUUCGUGUUCUAAGCCACCAUGAGCAUGGUUUUAACUAUAGAAAGGCGGCGUAGAAAUAAAACUAAGACGAUAAAACAGGAAAGCGGAUAGAAAAUUUGUGCCUAAAUUUCCAGUUGUGAAAAUGGUUUCUGAUUGUAUUAGUUUUGAAAGUUGUUACUGUGCCGCUUCUCUCACAUCUGGUUAAACAUUCUUGAUAUUUACUGACUCUUCUGCUCCGCAAGGGCUCCAACUGAUGUCUAUGUUUUAAACAAAAGAAUUCUCCUCUCUUUCAAUAUUGACUCAACAAACAUAGCUACGCUUAGGGUCUCCUCUAGUAUUUGGGUUCUUGCAUGGUCAGCACGUAAUGGAUUGAUCUCAAGGAUCAGAGAUUGGGACAAGCAAUUAGUACUAUUCGGCCAGGUGUAAUCAAACAGAACAUCUGAAUAGCAGGGAAUAUAACAUGGGCACUGAGCCAAAGGGAAAGAACAGGAAAACAGAAUUGAAGUGCCAGUAACAGCCCUAAUGAGAAUUUCUGAAAAGAACUACAUGGAAAUUGAUAGAAGAGCCAUCAUAUCCUACUGUGCUAAAGAAAGAGCUGAUGUUUCUUUUUGCUAAAUUACAGAAUUACAUUACUGACAGACUCCGCUAGUGCAAACAGUCUCUACUAGUACUGCAUAGGUAGGGAAAUAAUCAUGGAAACAUCCUAGAAUAAUGCACGUUCAUAUUUACAUUGUGAACAUCUGUAUCAUGCUAGAUGCAUGAUUUUAAACAGAUUCAUGCCCCUAGUUGACCUGAGCCAAUAUUAUUGCUCUUAUUGUGGGACUUUGAGAUUAAGUUCUUUGUUCGCCCAGUGAUUCCUAUUUAUAGUUUGAGCCUUAGCCUAUUUAGGUUUGUUAGGUUGGUUUUGCAAUUCCUUCACUUUCGUUUACACAAAGUUCACACUCUCUUGAAGCAUUUGAUGGAAAGAUUAGAAACAUCUGAGCACAGGCAACUUCUAUCUGUGGCAAAUCAACAGCGUUAAAUACUACCAAGUGAUUUGAUCACAUUUUCUGUAACACCGAGAGCUGUAACACAACAUUUGACUUCUUACAAGCAAUUUAGGAAGAAAUGUUUCUCAGCGAAAAACUGAAAAACAUCAUCACACAUGGAAAAAAGCUCACCCAUACAAUGCGCUUCAGUACCUCCGCCGUCAGGUAACAUGCAAGUUUAUACUGGAUUUUCUUUCCUUAUCAGAUUAUCCACAAAUCAGGAGAAUCCUAAUUUACCAGUGGGAAAGUGAGGACUGCCACUUGGAUCAGGAGAAUGUCAUGUGGACACUGCAAAAACAAAUAAUUAGUGUUAGAAGCAGUUUCAAACCCACAUUAAGCUCCACUGUAGAUGAGCCCUAUGAAUCUUGGAACAGGCGCAUACAGCACUGGCUGUAAACUAUAAUGAGGUGAAACUAUAUUGAAAUAUAACUAUUGGAAACCACAGGCUAGUUAUACUGGGAGGCAGGAAUAAUUUGAACACUGAUGAUCUAGCCUGUACUCCUGGUGUUUCCUGGCUGUCUCUCCGUUAUUCUUGGCAGCAUCAUUCAUGACUAAUCUUCCUACUGGUGCUCCUGAAUCUUUUUCUAAUGUGCAGAAGGAAAGAGAUGUUGCAAGAGCAUGAAAGAGACAUCUUAAAAAAAUAAUGCAAUAUCUAUUUUAGUAUUGUUACGGAAUGCAGCUCAGCUGUAUCUUCUAAAAUCUUCCUCACAUUGUUCACGAAAGGCUUCCCAACAUCUAUGCUAGAGAGGAUCUUGUGUGAGCUCCAGCAGAGGAGAAAUUGCCGCACACGCUCCCCGGAUGAUUGACUGCAUCUGUGCAUUGAUGCUCCCUUUCAAAUAGCAUAUUAAUAAACCAAUGAUAGAGUCAUCUCUAUUCAGAGAGUUUACCAAAGUAGCAAUAUUAGUACCUGUAUAGUUCAUUGGAGAGUAUUUUCACAACCAAUAACAAUCCUGGGUGCUAUUUUCAUAUAACCACAGAAGAGUGUUUCUGCAUGUUUACUACUUUACAUAAUUUCCAACAUGGAAAUGAAUGGCUUUGAAUAUGCUCAGCUGAGCAGCAUGUGCACAAAGGGGGAUGGGGGGGCAAAAACAGAAGCCUGUUCACAACCCUACAUCUUGCAUUUAAGAGUUGAGGGCAAUCAAUAAGAUAAUAGUGCUGAAAACACAGAUGUUUGUCAUCCAAGUGCCUCUUGGCUGUAUUGAUGACCCUGCUUAAAAUUGUGAGCAAUGAUACAUUGCUGUUCUGCUGAUUUUCAUAUAUUUCCAGUGCACAUUUCAGAUAACACAUUACAGAUGCCUCAAAUUAGCAUUGGCCUGUGCAAAGAGCAAGUUGUUACAUAAGUGGAAAAAUGUCCUUUCUGAUAUAAAUUUACUGUCAUUUUUACCUCGAUGGGGAUAAAAAAUACAUUUUGUUUUUUUCUUUGUCUUGACUCUUUUAAUCUUGGCAGCCUAGAAUGCCAAUUCCUUGACUCCAGAUAGCUGCUUCCAGAGUUUCCUCCAGAGAAAAUAUUAGCUGCAUGAGAUGCCUAGUGAACCACAUCUGUAUUCUGGGCAGUGGAAUAAAAUGAAUAAAAAACAGAAUAAAAGAAGCUGCUAUUGUAUACAUAUGUGUUGCAAGAGCAUCAUGCUUAGCUCAGUGGUGCCUGCAAAAGGUUCCUGCUUUGGUUCCUGGCACCGUGACUGAAACCCUAGAGAACAGCCCUCAGUCAGUAUAGACAAUAUGACUAGAUUAAUCAACAGCCUGAUUUGAUGAUAAGCAACUUCCAGCGAUCAUCACUCCCCUUUCCCUCUCCCAAACAUAUUCUGGAAUCAGCUACCAGAGGAGCAAGAAGAGGUGUUGCUGGCAGACAGUCUGCUAGACUCAUAUAUCCCUGGAGAUUGUGGAUAAAGCUGUGGGAAGCGAAGGAGGAUAGAGAAAUAAGGCCAGAGGAACAAGCUGCUGGGCAGGAGCUCUUGCAGAGUGAAAAAUGUCAUCAUGGCUGCUGGAAUAGGAAAAGUUUCAAUGGUGGUGAUGGCAAGGUUCAGGAAGGAGAUGUUCGGUGUAGUCUUAUCCAUCUGUACUCAGAAGUAGUUUGUUCAAUGGGAUAUACGUUGGAUUGCAGCCUUAGUUGCAUCAGCUGUCAUCUUGUGGCUCUUAAGCGUGGGGACUUGAGAUGUCUCAUAGCCCCUUUUGUCAUUUUUGAUUGUACAAAAUGUAGUUGUGCUUGCACUGCAAAAGGACACAAGCCCCGCCAAACACAAUUUUUAUUAGCCCUGAGGCUUGUAGGAUGAACAGCAGACAAUGUCUUCCUAUUACUUAGUACAUUUCCCCCUCAAGUGGAGUAGCUGUGCUUCCCUUUGUAAUAUGUUCAGAUUUUGCUAGGCUGGUGACUAAGGAGUACAUAUCACCUUGAAAUCCUUUAAUAAUAUUCCUUGGCUGAGGUAAAAGCAGAAAGACAGCAUCAGAGCAAAAGGAGGAAAGCAGAAUAGCACAAUGGCUUCUUUGAACAUGGCAUAUUUUAAAAUAUUGCUGUACAUUUGUGGGUGUGGGUGUGUUAGUCUGCAUGUUGCCUGGCUCCUGGAUCCAGCAAGGGCUAAAAUCUAAUGGGGGAUUCAGUUGUUGAACUAGCUAGGCUUCUUGGUGAGUUAAUGGGCCUAAGCAUGGCUUUGUGCCAGAGGGCAAUGGGCAGGACCUGCUUCCCUCACCUGACUGUUAGUUAGAAGGACAAUGGCUAAAAUUAAGUGAGCUGGGCUAGAAGCAGGCAGAAACCCAGAGAGUGAGGGCCAUGCUUGAUUUCUGCUUGAAUCCAAGGCUCUGAGGAUGGGAGAAGCAAGACCUUCUGGGGUAUUAAUGCUGUAAGUCCUCCCCCUGCCAUCAUAGUCUCAGGUUGUAUAUAUGUGCAAGUAAACGGGUGGACGCAGGGGGCGCUGUGGGUUAAACCACAGAGCCUAGGACUUGCUGAUCAGAAGGUCGGCGGUUCAAAUCCCCGCGACAGGGUGAGCUCCCGUUGCUCAGUCCCUGCUCCUGCCAACCUAGCAGUUCAAAAGCACGUCAAAGUGCAAGUAGAUAAAUAGGUUCCCCCUCUGGCGGGAAGGUAAAUACCGUUUCCGUGCGCUGCUCUGGUUCGCCAGAAGCAGCUUUGUCAUGCUGGCCACAUGACCCAGAAGCUGUGCGCCGGCUCCCUCAGCCAAUAAAGCGAGAUGAGUGCCGCAACCCUAGAGUCGGUCGCGACUGGACCGAAUGGUCAGGGGUCCCUUUACCUUAAGCCAUAUAGCAUAAAGACCACAAUCUCCGCUGUCCCUCAUUCCAAGGAAACCGAAUCCUAGGAAAAUACCUGGAAUAUCACACUGCUCAAAGAUUGAGCAAUUUGGAUUAACCAUUUAUUCUGCGCAAGGUGCACUCCAGGAGAGAAACAAAUUCAAAACAAAAUAGAUGACUACACACAACGUGUGUAGUUGUGUGCAGAUCUUCAUUACCAUGUGUAGGAACACUGUCUUCUACUGAGUGAGUCCCUUCGUCCAUCUAGCUCAUAAUUGUCCACACUGACUGGUACAGCUCCCCAGGAUUUUAGAUGGGGGAGCCCUAUUUGGAGAUGACAGAGAUUCAACCAGGAACCUUAUGCAUGCAAAGCAAUAUUCUUCCAUUGAGCUAGAGGCCUUCCAUUGUAGUUUGAGAACUCCUGGUACGGCAAAAUAAUAAUAAUUAUGACUGAUAGCGAAAGAAUACCUGCACCCAGUGGUACAGGGGCAGGGGUACGCAUACCCCUAAACAUUUUAUGAAUCAAAGUUUGGCCUCAUUGAAGGGCAGUAUUUCAAUAUGUGUGGGGAAAUGAGAGUACCCCUAAACAUUUUUUUUUGGGGGGGGAAGCGCUGCUUGCACCUAUAAUUAGGGUUUCAGUGGUGACAAACAAAGGAUUUAUUUGGAGUUUGGUUAUUUACCAUUACAAGAUAUUCCUCUGUUUCUCUUUUUGAGUAUUCCCAAGGAUACUAAUGCCCUUGAUGAGGAACAAAAAAUUCUUAUCGACAUUGAAAAGUUCUACUGCAUUGAUAAGCAGCAUGCUUUCAGUCCCCUUCUGUUGUGUACUUGCUCCUUAGACAACAGAUAAAUGUGUGACUACUGUACACUGUUUACAGCAGGCUUAGGAAUAUUUACAAAAUAUAAACAGAAAGACAAGGCCUGAGCUUCUGAUCCCAAGGACACUGGGCUUCACAGGAGGACACACCAUCUGGCUAAAAUAAGUCCACACUAUUCAGUGUUCUCCUUCCUUGGCUUCUCUGUUUUGGCUGAUACAUUUGAGUGCCAUUAGGAGUGUGCAGUGCUCUGUAUACAGUAUUGGGAAAUGAUUUUGUUGCACAGGAAACCUUUAGUCCUUGUGUCUAAAUCUCUUCUGUUAAUAGUAGGUCUUUUUCAUUUCCUCUCUGUUCCUCUCUACAUCUCAUUGACUCAUUAUAGACAGAAUGUUUCUCAAUCUAGAAUCUGAAUACUCCUCCUUCCCCCUCUGGCUUGUGUGCUGCUUCUAACCUCACUUGCUGAAAUUCCUCCUUUUCCCUUUCAGUGUUAACUGUGGUGAGCAUUACAGAUGCAAUGAGUUGAAAACUCAGGGUACUUAGCUUUAAACUGGAGCACUAUCUGUGGUUAGCAUUCAGGUUGAGGCAACAGCUGCUAACCGUUAGUGCUGAAAAGGAGUGAGAUGCUGAAAUCAAGUGGCAGGGAGUGUGUGAACCUCAAGAGGAAAUGGGAAGAGUUUGGGGAAUCGUACCUGCACCAAGCCACUGAUAUAAAGUAGGCGUAUUCCAACAGACCAGUGUACCCUUUCUCCUUUUUCUUCCUUCUGCUGUUCUCAGAUUCCUCUCCAGUGGACUUUAUUUAUUUCCAUUCCCCAUUCAUGAAUUUUAUGCUCCCUAUGCAUAAAACAGCCCCUUCCUCUAUUUGUCAGGCUGUCUUUUUAUCCUCCACAUAUGUUCAAAACACACUUAUUUGAGGAGGCAUCCACAUGAGCUGUUUUGGCCAGAUUCAGUUACAGUUGUUAUUCAAACAAAUGAACAAAGAAAUGGCUGGUUGUAGAUGGAGGAGCUGAUUAAGGUUUUCAUCGUUGGCUUUUGUUUCAGGAUCUGCUGUUAAGAUAGGGUUGCCAUAUUUCAAAAAGUGAAAAUCCCGCCAAAGUCUACUCUUCCAACCUGGGUUGCCAUAUGUCCAGAUUUUCCCGGACAUUGCAGCGCUUUCUUCCCGGACACUGUUUCCGAUGGCUGAAUCCUGGCUGUGUCUGGGAAAUUCCAGACAUAUGACGACCCUAGUUAAGAUCUUCUGCAAUCGUCCUUGUAGUGUGCCAGAUUUCUUGAGGAACACUGAAUUUGCAGGCUUGCAUUUGAAAAAUAGCAGAUUCAUAUACUUUUGAACUGAUCAUCUUAGAGUAAGUGGUAGUAAAGGGAUCCUUCUCCACAACAUCAUUCCCAAAUGCCAGUCUCUAUAAAAAUAAAUAUGUGAAUAUUUAUAAAUAUAUAUAAAUAAAUAUGUGAAUAGGUCAAGGAAUGUACAUUGGAAAGAAUACUAAAGCUGUCUCCUGCCUCUGGCAAACCCAGUGUAGAGAUGAGGGAAAAUGUUCCCUCAACAACAUUACAAAUUAUGGCCUAUUUAUUUUGCCUAAUAGAACUCAAUGGGACGCGGGUGGCACUGUGGGUUAAACCACUGUGCCGCUUGGACUUGCUGAUCGAAAGGUCGGUGGUUCAAAUCCCCAUGACAGAGUGAGCUCCUGAUGUUUGGUCCCAGCUCCUGCCAACCUAGCAGUUUGAAAGCACGCAGUGCAAGUAGAUAAAUAGGUACCGCUCCAGCGGGAAGGUAAACGGCAUUUCCGUGCACUGCUCUGGUUUCGCCAGAAGCAGCUUAGUCAUGCUGGCCAUAUGACCCAGAAAAACUGUCUGUGGAAGCAAACAAACGCUGGCUCCCUCGGCCUGUAAAGCAAGAUGAGCGCCACAACCCCAGAGUCGUUCGCAACUGGACUUAAUUGCCAGGGGUCCCUUUACCUUUACCUUUAUAGACCUCAAUGCAGGCUAUUUAAAACAAUGCCGAUUCACAAGGCAGCAUUGCACAAGGCUGAAGGUCUCUCUGGUUCUAGCCCAAGUGUUCCUCACACUCCCAUUUUCGGGAUAGGCCAUAGUGGCAGAGCAUCUAAUAUCUAUGACCAGCACCUGGUGUGGAGACUGGAGCUGAGCCAGGAAGAGUUGGAACGAACCACAGUGAGGGAGAGGGCUCCUGCACUCAGUUCCUGCUUGUGGGUUUCCCACAGACAUCUGGUUGGCCACCAUGAGAAAGGAUGCUGAACUUGAUGGGCCAUUGGGUUGAUCCACCAGGCUAUCCUUAUGUCCUUACAUUCUCUUGGAGAAGAUUGCAUUAAUUUCCAUGAAUUUUCCCAAAACAGACAUUGGGCCAACUAGCCCAUAGCUUUAAUGCCCCCUCCCAAUUACUUUUAAUGCUAAUACUGUAGCAUCAAGAUCUGUCCUUAAGAGGAAAUCAUAAUGUAUGUUUAUGGUUGGGCAAAGGCAGGCAUCUCAAAGUGUUUUAUGCUUGGUUUAAUCAGUCCUGUCUCAUUUUAUUUUCAGGAGGUAUGUAUCAUAUAAUACUUCAGAAGCCAUUUGACUAAAAUAGAAUGAUGUAACUUGUAUGCCACUUAUCAGACUGAUACUAAUUCCUUUGUGAUCCUUAUCAUUUACUCCCAUUGGAGUAUAGCGUGUCAUCAGCUUUCAGACUGGCAAGAUAAUUGCUAACAUCAGAAUGGAGAAACUGUACAACUGAAAUGAAUAUGUGUCAGAUUUCCAUCUUCCUUUAGGAGGCUGGGCAAGAAGAAACAUGGAGAUAUGUGCUAUAGAUGUAUCCAUGAAUGAGGAAUUCUCAAAACAAUUUUCUUUUUUAAUAACCACUGUGAUGAUUGUUAACUUUUGACUGGAGCAGAUCAACUUAUAUUCAAAUAGUGACACUGUAUCUCCUGGCCAAAUGAAAAUGGUAUUUGAAUCUGGGAUGUAAGAUAUCAAGUUAGGACUCUUCCUUUGAACAAUUUACAAAUAGGUUCAGUGUUUCCAUACAUGUAAAUUAUAAUGCCGAUAAUUUGUUUCAUAAGGUUGCAACUGCAGAAAUAAUGAAAUUGAGUUCCUUAGCUGAAGAACAUGAAAUAGUCAUACAAUAUUAGGAUCCAGGGAUCUAAACUCAGGCAUAGGCAAACUCAGCCCUCCAAAUGUUUUGUAACUACGACUCCCAUCAUCCCUGACCACUGGUCCUGUUAGCUAGGGAUAAUGGGAGUUGUGACUUAGGUUUUAGUGACAACCAUGCAAAUAAUGCCUGUAUGCAAAUAAGACCCGUAUGCAAAACAAUGACUAGCCUAUCAAUGGUACUUUAAUUCCUAGAAAGGUUCCAGUAUUGGAAUAUGCGUGUAAGUCAUGAUGACUUCAGGUAUCUUCCUGCAAAUUACCCAGCUCAACCCAGCUUAUUGUCUAUUUACAAAUUCAGGGAUAGGAAGCUCCAUUUCCUGCCACCUUGUCCUCCCCUUCAGUGUAGCUUUAGAACAAAACUUUCCAAACUGUGUGUUGCGACACAACCCAUUAGUUUGUCAGCUACAUUGUGUAGGUGUGUCAUGUGAAUGCUCCCCACGCUGCUUCUGGGGCUGGAAAGGAGUUAGUUUAAUUUCCGGUUUGCUAGUAAAAUUGAAUUACUUUGUUGUGAAAUGAUGCAUGUCUAAAAAGUGUGUCACCAACUGGAAAAGUUUGGAAAUGUCUGCUUUAGAAUAUGAACCUUUUCCACCAGCAUCUCUAGGCAGAGAAACCUGUCAGGGGGAGGGUGGGGGGAAGAUGGCAGUCUCAUGCUACACCCUUCAGCUGCAGUCAGCUACAUACUGUUUAGAACCACACCAUGGUGGGAACUUCCGGGGUGGCGCCAUCGGCAAUGGCAGACUCCCUCUGAUCUGGAGGGACUAGCUCCACGCGAAAUGGGUCUUUUCUGCUACGGCGAAGCAGGGACCCUUUCAAAAAUCACAGGCGGAUGAAGCCUAUGACCAUGGGACUCGGCGGGCGCCCUUAGCGCCCCUCCCAACCCGCAAAAGAACCCAUUAACGGGCUCCGGAGUGAAGAGGGGGAAGUGGCGCAGUGCUGAGAGUCAACUGCUUCUUCCGUGGAGCGAAGCCGCACAGCCGUUGCCGGAGAGCGCUGCCUUUUUCCUGGGACAAUUUGGCUUCUAAAAUAAUCACCCGUGAGUACUUAAACUCGGACAAUUGGACUUUAAAUAAGGACUUGUGAGCAGAAAGGAAAAUUGGACGUAAAAGUUUACCUCAAUUUGGCACUGAAACAGGAAGGUCUAAACAGGAAGUCAGCCUUCCGUUUCUUUGUAGAUAGAUUAAAGCAAAGACAUGGCAAACUAGAGCUCAGAAAAUCGCCUGUAAAAGAUUAACUUUCAUCAUUUAAAAUUGUUGAACCCCCUUCGGAAGCAGGAGAAGAGGGGGGAUUUUUUCGGACCGUUUAAACCAGCAGAAGUGAGGGUAAAGUAAAGUAACUUUCCACCGUCCUGAUCCUGGAGCGGGGUGUCAGGACAGACGUUUUUUGAAGCUCAUUGACCAGAGACAACGUUUUUGACAGAUAGCUAUAAGAAGAGAAACAUUGAUUCCAUUGUUCCCCUUUGCUUUUUAAAGGAACAAAUAUUGAUAAAAUAUCUGAAAAAGGAAACUUUGUUGCUAGACUUGUCUUUAAAAGAACGAAGAAAUAGAAGUUUUCCCCCUAGAGGGAGACUGUGAAACUGUAACCAACUCCGGGGAGCUUGCAGCUGUUACAGAUUACAAUCGUGGGAAUAGACUUCUGACCUUGCAGGACAAUGUAUUCAGAAGCUCUGUUGUGUGCUUUUUGUAAAACAAAUGCCCUACUGGAACAGCUACAUGAGAAGACGGAUUUGAUGACUGAUUUGAUCAGAAAUUUUGAACAGGCAGUGGGAAAUUUUGAACAGGCAGUGGGAAAAUAUAUGGAGCCCACCCAGGAAUUAAAUCAGGAGUGUGCCCUGACAGAACAGAUGAGGGAAGAGGAUGUUGCUGAAUCUUGGGCGCCAGAGAUGGAGGGAGCUGUGGCCCAACAGGAACAUGAGCUUUUGGAUUUGACAAAUGAACUUGGAAAAAGCCAGAUUUGGAAAGAAAAAGUUUGGUUUGGUUUGGAAAUGGGGGGCUGGAUAGACCCCCCUAAGCAGGGAUGUUUGGACUUUUCAAGUCUGGCAAUGGGCCGUGAGAUGUUUGGGGUUGUGGGGGCUCUUAAUUUUGGAGGGAUUUUGAAACAUGUUCUUAAAUACCACAUGGAGUUUAGUGUGGAUUAUGGAAAAGGUUUGUCGAGAAGGGUCAAAAACAUUGUCGAGCUGGAGUUCCCACGAGUGAAACGAGCAGGAGACAAGGGAAAAUACAGUUAUGAAUAUGAAGAAGAGCUGCGGAAGGGACAUGGAAGAGACUUAAGGGCCUCGGAUACAAGGUUACCAGGUUAAUGCGCUAGAUCGAUGGGAUAAUAAGGACUGACAAAACCCGGGACCAGGAGGAAGGGACGCUGGAUGAAGAUUGGAUUGUUUUUAUUUCUUUUUUACUACUAGGAUUGUUUUAUAAAAUUGAUGAAUGUUAGAAAAAUGUUGGAAUGAAAUUACUUGGCUUUAGUAAAAAUGUUUAAAGAAUUAUGUAAGAAUAUUAUGGUUAUGAGAAGUUGGUAAAAAUAAGAUUUAAGUUUUAAGUUUCAAGGUUUUUAUAGUCGGAUAAGAUUAAAAUAGUUUAAGGUAAUGUAAUGACAGAAUAUUAUGAAAUAUGGAAAGGAUUUGCUGCGACAAUUAACAACUAGGAUACAAAAAAAGGGCGGAGGAGGAGGUCAAAGAAAGAAGGUAAUGACAGUUAAGGAUUUGAGAAUGAUGGAUUUGUUUUUAAAUGUUUGUGGUGUAUUUUUGUUUUUUGAAUUUGUAUUGUUUGAUGUGGUUUGUUUUUUCUUUUCUUUUUCUAUUUUGUUCUUUUUUGUAAUUUAAAAAAAAAUUUCAAUAAAUAUCAUUAAAAAAAAAAAGAACCACACCAUUGUGUGCCAUAUUACCUUGGGGUUUCCUGCAGCCAUACCACAGUAUGCGGGUGGUGCUGUGGUCUAAACCACUGAGCCUCUUGGGCUUGCCAAUUGGAAGGUUGGUGGUUUGAAUCUGCAUGAUGGGGUGAGCUCCCGUUGCUCUGUCCCAGCUCCUGCCAUCCUAGCAGUUCGAAAGCACACCAGUGCAAGUAGAUAAAUAGGUACUGCUGCGGCGGGAAGGUAAACAGCAUUUCUGUGUGCUCUGGUUUCCGUCUGUUGCACCAGAAGUGGUUUAGUCAUGCUGGCCACAUGACCCAGAAAGCUGUCUGUGGACACACACCGGCUCCCUUGGCCUGAAGCGAGAUGAGCGCCGCACCCCAUAGUCACCUUUGACUGGACUUAACUGUCCAGGGGUCAUUUACCUUUACCUUUUCUCACAGUACUCUAGUUUGUCCACAACACAGUCUGGCUACUGUGUAUCAUGUAUUGCCACAGAAUAAAUGAAAUGCAAAACCCAACUGAAAAAUGUAGGCUUAAAGCACACAACUGGGUAGGGGCAAAUAUAUAUAUAUUGAUUGCUAUUAAAACAUGCAUGAAAAUAAAAUUUGACUUCAACCUUACAAAAAUUUUGGAUGUAGAUAAAUGUAAGGACAAAAUUUCUAAAAUAGGAUUAUUAAAACAACAAUAUAGAAUGUCUUCAUGCCAAGCUAAUGUGACAUAUGUAAGUUCCUGUGGAUAUGAUUGGUGUAUUUCCUAAAAAUAAUUAAACUAAGUUUUUUUAGUUUAGUGAGAGCUUUAUAUUAACUAAGCACCAGUUAGGCAUUGCAUCCAUUGCAUGUCAGCUCACCUUAUUUAUAUUGAUCAGCUGAAUGACUAACUUCUGGUGAUAACAUUGUGUGCAAUUCUGUACUUGGUUUUCAGCACAGAUGUUACCAGUUUAUUUUUUUUUUUGUCGUGUGAGCUUGAUUUUAAGCCAUCAUUGUAUAUUAAGUUCUAUAUUAUUGUAUUUUAUAAAUUCCUUUUUUUAAUAAAUAAUUUUUAUUAAGUUUUGCAUUUUAACAAUCCAAUCAGAUCACAUUACGUAUUCCAAAUUAUACAAAUACAUAUCAAAUAAUCCAAAUAUUCUGCUGAAUUAUAAAUUUUUUGUUGGGACUUACCAUGCUUCAAGAUCAUAUCUCUACUGCCGUAUUUUAGAAAUUCCAUCCAUGUUUUAUGUGUGUCCACACUUGUAAGGUGAAAGCUGAAUUUUAUUUUGCACACAUUUUAGUAGCAAUUCAUAUAUAUGUAUUUGCUCCUAGCCAAUUUUGUGCCUUAAGUUUACUGUGUGUUGCCAGCUAGUCUUGCCUUGUGCUGUUCUCUCCCCACCCCCACCCCUGUUUUUGAGCAAAAUAAGUUUCUAAGAGUGAGCAGAAUGAGUUCUAUACCUGGGGAGUCCCUUCAAAACACAAGACUUUAAAUCAGGACUGACUAAGUGGCUGCCCUUCAGAUGUUCAUGGACAGCAACUCAUUUCGCCCUGAUCAUGGGCCCUGCUGGAUGGGGCUGAUGGGAGUUGGAGCCCCAAGGGCCACAGCUCUUCCAUCCCUGUUUCAAAAGUAGACAAACCCCUGUUUUUGCCUUCAGGUUAGCACUGUAUGUAUGAAGUUUUAAAGCAAAUCUAAUUAUUGCAGGGAUCUAUCUCAUGACUUUAUGAAUGCUUGCCUUUUCGAUACUGCACUGUGUAACCUAGGCAAUUGCUCAGAAUUAAUUUUCAGAGGGUCUGAAGAUAGAAUCUGGUAUAUAGCUUCAAAGCCUGAUACAUAACUUAUAAUUUAUUAACAUUUAUGUGAAGAAGAAAAUUACUUUUUCUCUCUAUUUCUCGCUCUCAAGUGUAAGUAUGUGUGUGCAUAUAUGUAUAUGCAUAAAUAUAUAUAUUCCUUGCGACUUUGCUGGUCUUAGAGAUUUCAACCAGGGAAUGAGACAAAAAUCUGUAUCUAUUAAUAAAUAAAUCUAGAACAGAUUUGUUAUCCUCAUCUUUUCAGGAAAAUAUAUGUGAUUCAGUUUAAGUGCAUGUGACUCAGAGUUGAUUCUCUGGGGUGUGGUUUUUUUCUUACUUCUGCUCAAAAAAAUAAGCAGGAAGUUAAUUUAUAACCAUCAUCAUCACCAUAGGUACAAAUAUGCAGAAUCCUAACAUUUGAUGAUGAUUAUGAUAAGGCUGUGCUUGAACAAUUGUUUCCCCUCUUAUCAAAAACAGUACACAGACUGUAUGGCAAAUGCAUCCUGUUUAUGAUUGGAUAUUGUGGCCAGGGGUGGAGGAACAGGGGUGCGGGCCACCCCGGGUGUCACCACUGAGGGGGGUGACAAAAUGCCGGGCGGCACUCACCGCGGGGCCUGCAACACACUCAAGCCAAACGUCUCUCCUCGGAAAGACGCAGUGGCUUGGGUGUGCAGGCUCCACGCUGCCCAAACGGUCCGCCCACUGCCUCCACCCCCAGCUGUAGGGCGGCUGAGUGGGAGGAGGAAGGCAGACUCUGGAGGCCCAUGGUGCGUCCCACCCCUAUGGGAGGCUCACCCCACCCCUGGAUGCAGCGCCCCAGGCGCCUGAGCGGCUUCCUCCGCCGCUGCUUGUGCCACUAGACAACCAUUGUGGCACCUGAGUUCUGACGCUAGACACAAGACAAGGACUUCAAGAUUUGGUUUGGACAUCAAUUCAGUGCUUUGAAAAACAACCCAUCUCAGUCAGGAACACGCUGUAGGGCGGCUGAUUUGCCUUAGGGUCUGCCCAAGUUUGCUUUGCUUCCCUUUUGACAAAAGUGGAUGAAAUCUGCAGGUAUGCUACCCUUCUGGAAUAGAUAAAGCCUGCCAAAUUACAGGCAAAUAGUGUGUGUGUGUGUGUGUGUGUGUGCAGGGCAUCUUCUAAAGUUCAAAUUUCUUCCUUUUCCUAAAGGGGAAUUUUUAGAACUUAUUUUGGGGUGGAAUUGGAUGACAUUUACAGGCCAGAUUGAAUUCUGUCAAAUUUCAGAAUGAUAGCUGCAAUGGUUUACCCACAAGGGCAACCUUCACAGUUUUAGGGUGUUUUCCUAGUGCUUGUGGGCAAUUAGUCUAAAAAUUGAAGACUUGAGAUAUGUGUCCCGGGGCAAUAAGCCUGCCAAACUGUAGAGAAAUAGUUCCAAACCUUUAAAGUUUGUUGAAUAAAAGAAUUAAAGGGAUUUGCUUUCUGGGUAAACCCAUAACUUGUCAGCUCUCACUUUGCCCUUUCCCUGUACUGAUGUGUAAUGUCCUUUCCCCCAUCACCCCACUCUGGUGUUUUCCUUAUAUAAUAAGAUUAGAGACUCCCAGUUCACUUUUAGCAGACACUUUGCAGCAGUUUUUUUGAAGUUUGGAUUGCUGAGGCACCACAAGGUGCUCCAGGAGUCCCUGCGUUGAACUCAUACAGGUUUUGCUUUGUCUCUGAGAAGUCCAGUGUCCUUCUGAGGCAGUCCACUAUGGCUUGAGUCUAGAUUUGUGCAAUCCCAGACAAAACGGGUUUAAUAAACCAGCUCAAUUGCAGAUUGUAGUUUGGAAAGAUUGCUUGUUUCAACGAUCCAUAGUCAAGAUUAACCAUAGUUUAGGGUCUGGAAGUAAAGCUAAGCUGCAGUUCAUUGAAAAGGAAGUCAAGGCUUCUGAUCUCCUCAGUAUAACUGUGCCAGAGGAGUUAGGGAAGGGGAGAAGCAGCAUGAAAACAAGGCUCAGGCAUUAACACUAAAUCUCAUCACAAUUACAACAUGUCCUUGCUUCCCAAACUUAUUUCAAUGAUGCUUGUUGGCAUCACAGAUUCAUUAAGCAUAUAUUCAGAGAGAUUUAUUGCUAGACAUCUUUUGCCAUGAACAACUGCUGCAUAGGAUAAUCUCUUUAUGGCCAGCAUGCUUUAGGAGCAUUCUGCCAAAGUUUAAUGUUAAUGCUGCGGCUCUUACAAUAUCCGUUAUCAUGCUAUACUGUACUGAUGCAGAAAUCAAAUUUUGUUAUCACUCUGAUCAGCAGUGGCAAGGAGAUGGUUCUGUACUUGCAUUUUAAGUGGCAAAAUGGCUGAAAUCAUUACUCAUGUUCACUGCGCUGCUGGAGAGGCUACAUGACAAAGAAUUCUAAUAACUUGGGGUUCCUGCAGCUUUUAAAUUCAGAAUUUUAAUUUGAGGCUAAUGAGGGAGAGACUGUUUGUCCAGAAGGGUUUGUAGAUCUAAAGAUGUUACUGUAAAUCCAUACUUAAUUUCAGCCUUCCAUUUAAUUUAAUUUGUGAAGCAACACAAAAAAUAAACCCAGCCCAAUCUGUGGAUUUAUCACUAGCAAUUUAGGCAUAGUUUUAUCUAUUUCUUGAUGACUGCAUUGAUCCCCAAUAGUUAGCAUUUCAAAUGGUCUGGAAUUUUUAUAUGAAUUGUUCUUAUAAUAUCUGGUAAAAAGUGUGCAUGUUAAUAUAUUUGUAAGAUUAAUAUAUAGGACUACCGAAUCUGUUCAGAAAACAGUUUGAAUAAUAAUAUUUAUGCAUGUGGAAAGCUAAAAACAACCAAAUAUUGUUCCUAGAACAGGCAUAGGCAAACUCAGCCCUCCAGAUGUUUUGGGACUACAACUCCCAUCAUCCCUAGCUAACAGAACCAGUGGUCAGGGAUGAUGGGAGUUGUAGUCCCAAAACAUCUGGAGGGCCGAGUUUGCCUAUGCCUGCCCUAGAACAUUGGAUGUGUGGGAUAACUACCCUCAUACAACCAGUAUGCUUAAGUCUAAUUAAUGCAUGAAGGGAAUGUGCGAAAGGGUUAAUGCCAUUGAGUGAACUGCCCUGCCAGGCUUAGCUCACCUUGGGAGGGAACUAGGUAAUCAAGCCUAUUGUUCCCCCAGUCUACAUAAUAAGCUUAGCAUAUAAAGAGGUCUGAGCUGGUUUUUCCAAGUUCAGACCACAUGGUUCUAACAAGCCUCCCUUGAAAUCUUAUACCAAUAAUUUAGGAACUUUCACCACUGUAACUAAGCCUAGUAACUAAGCCUGUGUUUUCUGAAUGCUGUAUGGAAAAGCACAUGAACCCAACCUUUGGAGAGUUUGCAAGUACACCAUUUUAAACUAACAAAAUGUGUGGUCUUUUGCUAUGCUGGUUGAAGAGAGGAGUAUUUUGGAACUCAGGUUUGAGCAGCUUCUAUUUCCGCACUUUACUGCAUAUUGUGAUUUUAAAUCUCUGCUGGGGUUCUCUCUACACAGAGUACUUGUCCCAAACUUGGAGCCAUGCAUCCAGGAAUUCUCUUUUUAUAUCUGUUUUUUUUCCUUGUCACCAACAGGAUGUAGAAACAGCACAAACAGUACAAGCAAUGAGACACAACCAUUGAUUUUGGGGCAGCAGCAUUAUUAGGUAAUUGACUGGUUAUUUUGUUAUUGAUUAGUUCUUAAUUUUGUUAUUGGUUUUUUUUUAUAAAAAUGUUAAAUGAAAAGACCUCUUUUUUGCUGUUAGUAAGUGCAUUUUUCUAACUACAUUUUCUACAUGACAAAUUCUUACAGACUUACAUUUAGAAAUGCAAUUAAUAGUAUAUUCUGGGUGUAAUUUGAAAUUAUUAAACAAGCUAAACUAAGAGUUGUGGUGGAGAAAAAGACACACCAGGUAAAAUUACCUUCUCCAUACAACUCCUAAAAAUACAAGGACUCUUUCAGGGUCUUGCCUUGAAAACCUAAAGGUUCCAUGAGGCAUUUAAGAGGGGAGAUAAAUUUUACAAACCUAUUUUGAACCAAUAAGCAAAAUCCACCAGGAAGCUAGGAAGGCAAGGCUAGGAUGGACCAGAAUAACAGUAGUAAGGCUAUAUCUAUAGGACAAGAGAAACCAGUAUCAUAAUUAAGGUGGCAACAUCAGGUUUUACUUAGCCUGUUUCCAUUCCACCCAGUUUUGCUGCUGUGGUAGACUAGCAAAGGGAGUCCUAACCCAAGCCAAGGACUUACCUCCCUUUCUGGACACAGCUCACAGACACGCCAUCAAUAGUAGCCAUGCUGCUGAAUCUUAUGCAUGUUCCAUCAGACGUCAAGCCAACUGAAUUCAUUGUAGACUUGCUUAAAUUGAGAUGGAUAGACUUGUAACCUUGGAAUGUUAGUGUACACUGUAAUGUAUGGUGGAAUGUAACUAGUGACUAUUUUAAUACAGUGGUACCUCAGGUUACAUACGCUUCAGGUUACAGACUCCUCUAACCCAGAAAUAGUGCUUCAGGUUAAGAACUUUGCUUCAGGAUGAGAACAGAAAUCGUGCUCCAGCAGCGGCGGCGGCAGCGGUAGGCCCCAUUAGCUAAAGUGGUGCUUCAGGUUAAGAACAGUUUCAGGUUAAGUACGGACCUCCGGAACCAAUUAAGUACUUAACCUGAGGUACCACUGUACAUUGGUAUCCACCAACAAAGGAUUUUUAAUUGUACAGUGCUUUUCUAAAUGGAGAAAUAGGAAACAGAAACUUACUGAAUCAGAGGAGUGACAUGGCUGAGCAUCAAUGCCAUUAAGACAAUGUUUGUCUCCUCUUCCAUUUGUCUUCUAACAUUUCGUGUCCCUAGUUUUCACUCCUGAUUCUUGCUGUCUUUCAGCAGUGGGUGCACAGCAUGUUCUUUCUGUUCUUUAGUUAUCUUGCCGAUGUCCUCUAUUCUACUCAUGUAAAAUGACUUACAAAGUUUUCAGCUAUCUUUCUUUCCAAACAAAAUCUAUUUUCUAUCCUAUUCCUAGUCAACUUGUCUUCUGUCUUUUAAAUGGUUGAUAUUCCAUCUCAAAUCAAAUCAAAUAUCUUUAAUACGGUCAAUAUUCCAUCUCUUAGCUUCUUUUCACUGUACUGGGAUAUCUGCAUUGGUCUAAGUUAUGGGACUGGAUAUGGUGAAAACUGCACAUUUGAUAGCUACAGUAUAUGCACAUAGCAAAACUCAGCUUCAUGCUGCUCUACGAGUGACAACCAACAAGCCCCAUUUGAAGGUCAUGUGGAGGCUGUGCAGUCUGUAUGAAGAUUUGUUCAGAGGGGAGGGGGGAGGGCAAGGUGCCUGCAUUUUCCAAUAGCACCCCUUGUGUUGCCUGUUGUAAUCCGUGUGUUGGUUUUUUCCAAUUGCUCAAAAAGUUAAUGCAUCAGAGCAGACUUACAAAAACACAGCUAUACAAAAUUCCUUUUUUGAGAAGUGGUUUCCUUUCAUUUCUCACAUCAGUGAAGGUCUCUUGGGAGUUUUAUCCUCCAUCAUCUCAAUUAUUAUUUUGAAAAGACACUUGUCUUAUAAAGCAAAUUAUAACAUAAUUACUGUAAGUAAGUCUUUGGGGCUAUUAUUUCAUUCCUACAGUAUUUGUUAUAGACUUAUUUAUUCAUGUUUGUUUUUGUUAUUUAUUUUGUCAUGUUGCAAUGCAUGUACUUGUACGUCAGUGAUUUUUUAAAAAAAAUGUCCUUUGAAAAGCCUUGCUUCUUCUUUCUGUUAUGUAUUUUCUCUCCUAUAGGCAAUGACACAGCUCAUCACUUAUACUGACCCCCUGUGGAUUUCUGUGUCACUUUCAAACUAGUCUCCGUCUGUUCCAGACCUCUUUUCUUCACCCCGCUUUUAUCCUUUCUUGCUCCUGCCUUGUUGUACAUUCAGAAAUGGUUAUAUGCUUGUUUACUCAGAAGGAAAUUUAUGAGUAAUCCUAUCCUAUUACUCAGAAGGACAUUCCACUGUAUUCAGUGGGGUUUACACCCUAGUAAGUGUAUUUAGGAUGCAGUCCUGCUUUUCCUUCUUGAACUGUGCUAAAGCUUUUCUAUCAAGUUAUUCCAUUCCUUUUUUAAACACUCCCACAAUAUCUGUUUUCUUUUUCAAAGUGUUUUCAGGGCCAUGACAGAUUAUUCAGUUUUGCCAUGUGCUGUUAAUAUUGCAGUUGCUUUAUCAAACCGUCUAAUCUCUCUUUCAACUUUAUCUUCCAUGAUGUCACUUAAUGUAUUUACUCAAAUUCAUUUAGCACAGACUCAUUUAAUGCAGAUUUGUUCAUUGCUCCUUAACCAACUUUGAGAUGCUUAGUGUAGAUUAUCAAGGUCAGUGGUUCCCAAUUGGUGGUCCAUGGACCCCAGGGGGUCUGCAUAGCCCACUCGGGGUCCGUGGCACCAUUCACAUAACUAAAACUACCAUAGGGAUACCAAAGUUUUCAAAAGUAGGGCGUCUGUGGCUUGGCUUUUGAAAAACAGGGGGUCCUCAGUCGUUAGCUAAUUGGGAACCAAUGAUCUAGGUAGCAAAAGAGAGUGAGUGAAGCAGAGGUGUUUCCUUCCCCAAACCCUUUUGGUGUGUGUUUGUAUUAAAGUUAGUGAGUAAACAGCAAGGGGGUAGUAGCUAUAGCACAUCAAUUAAAACAAAAGUGAAAGAGUGAACUCUUGUGUGACCGUUAUGCUGCCUGUUUUCACAGGAUCCCUUUUGUGUUUUUGUACAGCAUGCAGAAGGCUGGAAAAUAAUUUAUUAUUAAUAUAAUUAUAUAAUUUACCUGAAAUGCCAGUAUGCUUGUAUAAGGGCAGGCUUUGUGGUCAUUAAGUGGCUGGUAGACUUCACAUCAAGAAUGUGCUCUGGGCUGUCAUGAUGUGGUUGGUGUAUGUAAAGCACGUGUAAAAAACACAUAUAUCCUUGCUUAUUCACUUAUUCUGUUGUUUUUGUUUUGUCUGCUCUCUGCCUCUUUUUGGAAGCGUCAUCUAUAUGUCCUUGAGCAUACGGCAUGUACACACAUCCAUUUCAAUUUGAUUUACACUUUGGAAGCCAUUAAUGGACAGGAAAAGGAUUGAUUGUCCAGGAAUGUGACUCUAACCCAAUCCAGAUGGUCCGAUGGGUUAACCACUGAAAGUCCUGAGGGCAUUUUUACAAGUGAAGCCGAGAAUGCAUUUUAGUCUGGAAUGUAUCACUUCUUCUGCGCAUUAUUAAUGCAGGAGAGAGCCAGUUUUAAAUGGAACGCAUGUUCUAGCCAAACGAGGCUUUAGAUUCAAUCACAGAAGCGGAAAAUGAAAACAAAACAAUUAAACCCAUUUGUGAAAGUGCCAUGUCACAUGCGGUUGUUCGCAUCAAGGUAAAAAGUGUGGUUUUAAAAAACAAAAUAAAAUGAGAGACCAAGGAAAAUAGCCCUGGAAGAGGUCAGGAGAGGAAGGUGUGUUGAAAAGCAAAAAAAUGAGAGGAAUAUGAAGGAAGAGCACUUUAGGCUGAGUUCCUUCGCCAUUAAAACAACCCCAAGCAACUGGUUAUUUGGGGCGGGGGAUAAAAAGGAAGGGGGUGCCUGUGAAGGCAAAGCGCCAGGUCACCCCGAGUGGGCAACAUUUGCCUGACAGAUUGGCUUCUCCCUCCCUCGGCUCCACUGUAGUGUGUUGGGCUUGCCGGAGGGGGUGCUGGGCGGCUGCCCAAUCUGAGCGGUGCUCGUCCGUCUGAUUGACAACUGGGUCGGGCCCAGCCGGCACCGGUGCAAGAUACGCACAGGCAAUUAGACGGAGGCGGGGGCUGUUUUCGCGGGGCUUUUCCCUGCCCUCCCACAGGCGGGGGCGCUCGGGCGUCACGCUCGCAGCUGCCCCUUUACCUCAGGCAGCCCAGGAGGGAAGCCGCGGCAGCCGCCGCCCGCCACCCUUUCUCCCAACGGGUGAGGCAAGAGACGGGGUGGGGGAAAGCACAGCCCAGGCACAUGAAUCAGUCUCUCGGCGCGUAUCCGGCUUCAGGCAGAGGCGGCGACCAUAGCGGGGAAGCGGGAAGGGAGGGGACGCCUGCUCCGACUGCGGCCAUGCCGAGAGCAGCAGCAGCGGCGACUCUUCUGUCACCUUGCCGUGGAGGUGUGCGCAUUCUUUGGACGGGGAGGGAGAGCGGCUGGAAAGGUUGCGGGAGGGAAAGGAAGGCGGGAAAAGUGACAGCUGGCCGUACAGCGCCUGUGCGCGGGAAGGGCAGUUUGGGGGACCUUGCGCGCGCGAGAGAGAGAGGUGCUGCCCUGGAGCCCAGAUACCGGGGAGGGGCGCGCGCGCUCUUGCUUGCCUGCCCGGUGGCGGGGAGGGGCAGGUUAAGAGUAGCGCGUAAAAAUGCCCCUGGGUGCUGGAGGAAGAGGGACGUGUAUAUGUGUGUGUGCACAAGGCGGCUCUCUGCGUGUGCUGACUUUCUCGCGCGCGCGUGUGUGUGGUCGUGUCGGCACAGGUGAACGCUUUCGAGGCGCCACUGCAGUGCCCUCAGCUGCGUGUGCAGCCGGUAGGAGAGGACACAAAGAGGCGGGACGGCUCUCCGGCGAGGAAGGGAAGGAGGCGCUCCUUGGCCCCCCGCGCACGCGGGAAUUAUAACGGCGAGCGGGAGGAGGACGAUGCAAGCAAGCAUCGAUAUUGUGAGGAAGUGACUGGCCGCGCGACUUCCUUUCAGAGCUUGCUCGCUCUCCUCCCCGCCUUCCAGUUAAUGCACAAAUAAUCACCGCUGCUUUGAAGUCGCUGUUGGUUUAGUAGUGGCGGCGGCGGCAGCAGCAGUAGCAGCUGCCGCCUUUUUUGCAAGGGUGCUGCGCCUCGCGCGCGCGCCCGUGCCUCUAGCUCCUUAUGGGGGGGGGAUCUCUCUUGUCUCCUCCCCUCCCUCCUCCCUCGGGGAGAGCGCCUUUGUUGUUGUGUUUCGGGGAGGACUCCUAUCCUUCACCUCUCCGUGCACGCCGCGUUGCGUGUGUGUAUGUGUUUGUGUGUGUGUAAGGCGGUGCAUCGCCGCCCCACCGGAUGCAUGCAGUACGUCGUAUUUUUUACAAAGUAUGUUAUUGUUUCGUGCGCCUCAUUUGAGAGCUGAUUGUCACGUUUCAUCCCGCCCCCCUCUUUCCCCCCUCCCUCCUUCUCUCUCUUCUUUCCUCUCCCAGGUGCUGAAAAGCCACGGCUGGCGCUGGCGGAACCGGGAUCUGUGCGAUCGCUCCGGCGCUUUGCAACCUUUGCAGUUUGACCGACGGUCGGAGACGCGAGAGUUUUGCAACCCGCCUCUUUAG